AUGACGUAUCACUAUGAGGGCGAUGCUUACAUUAAGGAGGUAAAGAGGCGGCUAGCCUGGUAUGGCCCAGAUCCUUCGGAAGAGGUAAUUGUCCUAAUCAUGCACGAGUUGUAUGAUGAACUGAGCAGCACGGUAAGCUCAGGUUGUGCAGAUUGGGGCUGUGGACAACCGGUCUUACUCCCCAGUGGCAGUGUGCAUCCUAGGGAACAGAAGAUAUCGUCCUUCCUCCCCAGGGGCAGAGCGAGUUUCAGGGAGAGGAGACAACCGGUCUCUCUCCCCACUGGCAGGGUGAGUGUCAGGAAGAGAAGACAACCGGUCUCUCGCCCCAAGGGCAGACCGAGUCACAGGGAGAGGAGAGCAGUGACCUCUCUCCCCAGCAGCGGUAUACUUUACAGGGAGAAGAGACAAGCGGUCUCCCUCCCCAACAGCAACCAGAGGUACCUGAGGUAGCGGACCUCAUAGACUGGUCCUGGGAGGACCCCCAAAUGGCAGGUGGAGAUGGGACCCAGGUCUCUCUACCGGCCCUACAGGGAUGCUGGGCAACCGGCCCAGAUCCCCAGUGGCUGCUAGAGCUACAGGGAGAGGAGACAACCGGUCUCUCUCCCCAGCGGCAGCAGGAGUACCAGAAGGAGGAGGUAAGCAAUCCCUCCCCUACCCUCCCCAGCUAACUCCUAACCUAGUACCAGGGUUAGCGGAGGAGACGUUAACCCCCACUGGCCUCCUCUCAGCAGAAGAGCUGGCAGCCGGGCAGAACGCAGUUGGCCUCUGCCCUCCCCUUUCCCCUCGUCCAGAGCUUGAAUUCCUGCAAGCUACCCCAGCAGAAGAGCUGGCAUCAGGGCAGAGUGUCGCUGGCCUCUGCCCUACCUACCCCCUUGUUACAGGACAGGAUUGUACACCCCUUACCCCAGCAGAAGCGCUGGCAAAUGGGCAGCCUCUGUCCUCCCCUGGUCAGUGAUUCAGGAACUGACUACCCACUUCCCUACCCAGCUGAAGCGCCGCUGGCCUCUGCCCUAAUUUUUAAAACACUGUUUCUGCCCUUAGGACUUUUAACUGGAACAGAUUAAAACAUCUGGCGGCGACCAUCUUAAAUUGUCCAGCAGUAAGUGAAAGAGUGUGUGCUGUGUGUGUGUAACUGUGAUUGUGUCUGUCUGUGACUGUGUGUGUGACUGCCUGUGACUGUGUGUCUGUGUGACUGUCUGCCAGUGACUAUGUGUCAAGGAUCUUACCUGAAGUGGGAGUCCGGCACGCAGAGUUGAGGCACCCUUUGCAAAUCGACACAGACCGAGGGGACUCAGGACAGAAAUCCCCAAGGCUGUGACACAGUGCACUGGGGCUGAAAUAACCAGUGCUUCCUGGAACGCAGUACAGACAAAGGAUAUCCAGAAGAGUAGUCAGUAUCAGAAUCAGAAGUCAGGACGGGCGGCAAUCAGGCGAAAACAGUAGACGAGCAGGGGAUCAAAAGCAGGAGUCAGAUGAACAGCAGUGAAACCAAACAGGAACAGGAAACACGAUCUGACAACGAGAACCAGCCUUGCGGGGUUUAAAUAGGGAGUCUCAGCCAAUCAUCAAGGAACCAGGAACAGGUGUGCACAUUCCAGGCGUACAGGCUCAGACUACAGGAUACCAAGAACAACCAGAAACAGUCAAAGAUGCGUGGAGCUCAAUGCAAAGAUACCGACUGGGAUGCAGGAAACUCAGGUUUGAUCCCAGCCAGACCCAAAUACACAAUAUUGUGUAAAGCACAAUGGUGAUCCUGACACUAUGUGUGUAUGACUGCCUGUGAAUGUGUGUGUGUGUGACUGUCUUCCUGUGACUGUCUGUGACUGUAUGCGUAACUGUCUGCCUGUGACUGUAUGUGUGACUGUGUGUUGUGCGAUUGUCUGACUGUGACUGUGUGUCAAUGUCUGCCUGUGACACUGUGUGACUGCCUUUGACUGUGUGUGUAACUGUCUGCCUGUAACUGUGUUCUCUCUGCUCUGCUCCCUCGCGCGCCAUUUGCUGAGGCAGAGAGCCGGAAUAUGUGACAUACAGUAAACAGCCCGUGAGGGAGCAGAGAAGAAAGAACACAGCUCCCUCGCCGCGUCUGACAGGAACUCUGCUGCCCGUCACACUGAAGCCCCGCUGGACCCCAGGGACCGAUCCACGCCAGCUCUCCAGGUAAGGAGGCUGGGUGGACAUUUAAUAUUAAUCAUUUGUGUCUGAAUGUGUAUGUGACUGUGAGUGUGUGUGUAUGUGUGUGUCUGUUUGUGUGUCUAUAAGUGUUUGUUUGUCUGUAAUUGUAUGUGUGUGUCUGUAAGUGUGUGUAUGUGUUUCUGUAAGGGUAUGUGUGUCUGUAAGUGUAUGUGUGUCUGUAAGGGGGUGUAAGUGUGUGUGUGUGUCUGUGAGUUUACGUGGGUAUAUCAGAGUGUGUGUAUAUGUCACAUCCUGUUCUGUUCUGCAGAGAUGUCUGGUAUCCAGUACCCUUUUUACAAUUCUUGUUUAGUUUAUCUUGGUUUUUCUGGUUUUCUAUUCUGUGUCUGGUUUUCUUUUUGCUGUGUUUUCUGGGUUCAUUCGUUUAUUCCGUUCCUGGAAUUCCCAGUCUCGUAGAUUCCUUUAAAUGUUUGUUUUUUGUUGCCACACCCGUUCCUUUCCCAUUAAUCCUUUUGUUUCAGUUGGUUCCUGCAGGCAGUUGCUCCAUGUCCUCUGACCCUUUCUUGCAGGUAAGUGCUGUGUGUGUUUUAUUCUUAUUUAUUUAGUCAUGCAUAGCUAGGUAGAUAGGAACCCACCGUAAUUGUGGUACUUUGACGCAGUGGUGGGCUGCAUACAUCUUGGCCAUUUAUGUAUGUCUAAAUCUCCUAUGUUUAUUGCACAUAUUAGUACUUAGUUAUGUCUCCUCUUGUUUUGCCUUGCAUCUCUGGUCGUACAGUACUGUCCUGCCCUGUUCAUGUUUCCCUCAUGUCUUGUGUACAUGUUGUGCUAUCCCCAAUGCUGUUCUGCAUAGGCCUCAACCCCCUUAGCCAGAUAAUCAAAAAGAGUGGAUACGGAUACAGGUUCAAGAGUGGAGCUGCCAUCAGCCACCUACUCUACAUGGACGACAUCAAUUUUCUUUUUAUUGUUUAAGCAUGCGUGGGACAGGCAUAAGGCUAUCCUAACUAUAAGAUAAGGCCAGGGACUAAUGAAAGUAUUUAGAAAAUUGGGCAGACUAGAUGGGCCAAAUGGUUCUUAUCUGCCGUCACAUUCUAUGUUUCUAUGUUCUGGGUUCUGCUUUCUGUCCUGCUCCGGUUCUGGGUUCUUCUAGUCAUGUCUUGUAUUCUUGUUAGUUGCCUGUCCUAGUCUUGCCUUGUUUCUGUACUGGAUACAUUUCUGCUGCAGAUCCCCCCUAUCCAGUUCCUGGGAGGUGUGCAUAUCAUCAAGCUCCUAGCUCUUGGAAUCCGCAGAAGCUGCAUAAGGGCCCUGGUAUGUGGCCGCACAAAUGCUGGUGCUCAACACCAGCGGGCGUGUGGUUACCCUGCACCAGGCCCUGAUAGUCCAUUUCCAUGCUGAGACUCCCAUCAUCAUCAGACACUCAGGGGUCCCGGUCUCCGUACCACCAUCCGUGAUAGUAUAUGAGUGUAUGUGUGUGUGUCUCUACAUGUGUCUGUAUGUAUGUCUGUAUGUAUGGGUCUCUGUGUGUAUGUAUGUCUGUAUGUAUGUGUCUGCAUGUGUAUCUGUUUGUCUGCAUGUGUGGUUGGGCAGGGGCGGGGACGUGUGGGGUAGGAGGUAGAUGUAUGGGGGGGCCCCAGGGCAAUUGUCGCACCGGGGCCCCGUGGUUUCUAGUUACGCCUCUGUGUGUGUGUGUAUGUAUCUGACACACAGAUACACACACACACUGGUACAUAGUAGCACACAGGUACACACACUAACACACAGUUACUCACACCCUGACACACAGUGUGUGUGUGUGUGUGUAUCUGUGUUUCAAAGUGUGUGUAUCUGUAUCUGUGUUUGUGUGUGUCUGUGUAUCAGGAUGUGUGUAUCUGUGUUUGUAUGUGCCAGUGUGUGUAUCUCUGUGUCAGUGUCUAUCUGUGUGUGUGUGUGUGUGUGCAUGUAUGAAUCUGACACACAGAUACACACAUAGUGACACACAGAUACACACACUGACACAGAUAUACACAUGUUGACACACAGUGUGUAUCUGUGUGUCAAGGUGUGUGUAUCUAUGUGUCAAAGUGUAGUUAUCUGUGUUUGUAUGUGCCAGUGUGUGUCAAGGUGUGUAUACGUGUUUGUAUGUGCCAGUGUGUGUAUCUCUGUGUCAGUGUGUGUGUGUGUAUGUAUCUGACACACAGAUACCACACACUGGCACACCAUGACAUACAGGUACACACACACUCAGAUACACAUACACACACUCAGAUGCACACAGUUACAUAUACACACUUGCACCCACAGAUACACACACUGGCACAUACGCACACAGAUACACACAUUGACACAUAAACACAGUGUCAUAUAAACACACUGACACACUCAGAUACACACACACACACAUAGGCACAUACAAACACACUGAUAUACACUGGCACAUACACACACACAUACUGACACACACACACACUCAGAUACACAAUGUGACACACACACAAACCUUGACACACAGAUACACACACUGACACACUCAGACACAUACUCUUUGACAGACACACAUACACUUUGACAGACACACAUACACUCUCACUGAAAAACACACAUACUCUUUUACAGACACACAUACAAACACAUAUACAAUCUCAGUGACAAGCACACAUACAUUCUCACUGACAAGCACAUACACACUCACAGACAAGCACACAUACACUCUCGCUGACAAACACACAUACACUCUUUGACAGACACACAAAUACAUACAAACUCCCUAACAGACACAAUUUAUUUUAAUUUUACUCCACCCAGCCUCCCUACCUUUGGGAAUGCUGGCAUGGAGUCUCUAUAUCCCUGUGCUUCAGUGGGGCUGCUGAGCUAAGCGUGCGGUCCCUGGGGUCCAGUGGGGCUGCUGAGCAGCUGGUGUGCGGUUCCUGGGGUCCAGUGGGGCUGCUGAGCGGCUGGCGUGCGGGCGGCGAGGGAGCAGUGAUCUCCCUGCUUAGCUCCCUUGAGCGCCUCUUAGUGAUGCCGGAGCCGGAGUGAUGUCAUAUUCCGACUCCGGCAUCACUGCUGUGCGCGUGAGGAAGCUGAGCAGGGAGAUCACUGCCCAAUGCUUCCUUCGCCACCCGCGGCUUUUUGUUUUCACAAAUUUUGGCGGAACCCCAUUUGUGUUCUCGCGGAACCCCAAGUGGAAAACGCUGGUCUAGGGCUCAGCUAACUAGAAUGUUAGUUAUUAGCAAUAUCAGUUUCCUACUUAUUUUAGCAUCAGCUGACCUGCUACAGAAAACUACACAAAUAAGCUGUAUUUGAGCUGGUGAUAGGUAUAGGACACUCAAAGUAUGUUCAGAGUGGUUAUACAGUCAUUGUUAUACGUCACUGAUUAUAGCUUUUUAGAAGAGAGUUGCUUUAUGCUUUAUAUACACUGGUUUUGUUGACUAGUGCUUUGUUUGUGAGUUGGCCAUUAGUAAUACAAUGUAACACACAAGUACAGAUUCCACUUAUAUGGAAUAAUUAAUGCACAAGCAUACACAAUGAAUCAUUGUUUCCACUGAAAGAGACUUAGACAGCACUGUUCUGACCUCAGAACAAAGCUUUAUCAUCCUGACCAAUGCAUCACCCUAAGAUGUUUUUUUUUUUUUUUUUGUGUGUAAGUCUAUCAUUGAAUCUCUUGAUGAUAUAAGGAGCUGCCACACUUACACAUUUAAAGAGACAAAACAAAACAACAUUAGCUUAAUGAAGCAGUUUUUCUAUAUACAUGCGUCUAAAGUUUUACUGCUCAAUUCUUUGCUAUUUAGGAGUUAAAUCACUUUUGUUUCUGUUUAUGCAGCCCUAGCCACACCUCCCCUGGCUAUGACUGACACAGCCUGCAUGAAAACAAAAUGGUUUCAUUUUCAAUCAGAUGUAUGUUACUUUAAAAGUGUUGUACUGCUCUGUAAAUUGAACUUUAAUUACAUACAGAAGGCUCCUACAAGGUCUAGGAAGCUAUUAACAGAGUAGGAGAUAAGAAAUUCUAAAUUAAACAGAAUUUGCAAUAAAGGAAGUGUAAAGUGUGUCACAACAAGUGACCCCAACACACAGAAUAUAACCCAAAUUAGAAAACUUAUUACCGGACCUUAGAAUGGCCAGGUUUAAUGUAGAUAGAAUAGUCGAGGUAUAGCCAAAGUCAAGGAUAACGAUAAGGAGUAGCCGAGUCAGGAAACCAGAGAACAGGAUAAACGAGAAAACAAGCCGAGUCAGGAUACCAGAAAGUAGAAUAGUCAAUAUAACACAAGCCAAGUAAAAUACCACAACACUCAGACAGAAAUCAGUAUAGCAUUAGAGCAGGGGUGAGAAAUAUUGGCCCUCCAAAUGUUUUUGGACUACAUCUCCUAUAAUACAUCUCCUAUAAUGCUAGCAAUGCAUCAAGGCAGAUGCAGUCCAUAACAUCUGGAGGCCCGAAGGUUCUCUACCCCUGCACUAGAGGGAACAACCAGUGAGCCACAAUAAGGCACUGAACAAAAGCAAAAGGCACUCUUUUAUAGCGCAGUGUCUUUUGCUUUAAAUCCACGCCUCCAAAACGUCAGGGAGCAUGCAAUAUUUUGAAUUUUUAGUGGCAUAGCCACUAUGACGUCGCAUCAUAAAAGGGGGACGUGCGUGGAGCGGCCGUCAGACAUGCCGUGCCUUCGCUGGGAGGAGUCGGCACCUGGAGCAUCUCCUUGCGGGUCCCUGGGUUUAAGGUAAGGUAUCGUGACAUAGUGUAAACAUAAACAUUAAAUGACUACAGGAUUUACAGGAAGUGUUUGGGAAGGCUGUGUAAGUCACAUGCAGGUAGGAGUGACUAGGGCUGCAUAAACAAAGCGAUUUAACUCCUAAAUGGCAGACAUUUGCUGUGAGACUUCAGGGGCAUGAUCUCUACACCAAAACUGCUUCAUUAAGCUAAAGUUGUUUUGGUGACUAUACUGUCCCUUUAAAGAAACAUUAUUGCUUUAGGAAUACAAACAUGCUAAUGUUAUACUAUUACCCAAUGUAUUUUGGAUUUUUGAUAAUUUAUUUGGAUGAUCUCAGCCAGGGCCGCCAUCAGGGGGUGACAACCAUAAUGGUUGUCAUGGGCCCGGCAGUCCUUAGGGGCCCGGCCCCCAGGCCCCACGUGUAGCGGCGGAACUGCUGCCGGUGCAGUAGCACCGUGGCCCGCACGCUGAUGGGGCCCAUUGGGUGGCACAUGCACUUAGGGCCACCCGAUGGGCCCCAUAUCUUCAGGGGCCCGGUCAGCGCUGUGGCCGUGGUAUAGCGCGACCCGGUCCCUUUAAAAAAAAAAAAAAAAAUGCCACCGCAGUGCAAGUGCUGCUGGGAGGAAGUGGUCACUUCCUCCCAGCUCACUCUGCGCGGGAGGAGCGCGCGCGCGGCAGUGAGGAAGAGCCGCGACGACUACUCCCAUCAUCCCCAGCCACCCUCCUGCAAAGACAAGGUAAGAAACAGGAGGGUGGCUGGAAAAUGAGCUGUGUGUGUGUAUGUCUGUCUGUAUGUAUGUAUGUAUGUCUGUAUGUAUGUAUGUAUGUAUGUCUGUAUGUAUGUAUGUAUGUAUGUCUGUCUGUAUGCAUGUCUGUCUGUAUGUAUGUCUUUAUGCAUGUCUGUCUGUAUGUAUGUAUGUAUGUAUGUCUGUGUGUAUGUCUGCAUGUCAUAAUGAAUGUGUGCAUGUAUGGAUGUCAGUGUCUGUAUGAAUGUAUUUAUGUAUGUCUGUAUGCAUGUCUGUAUGCAUGUAUGUCUAUCUGUAUGCAUGUCAUUAUGUGUGAAUGAAUGUCAGUGUAUGUACGUCUGCAUGUCAUUAUGAAUGUGUGUAUGUCUGUCUGUCUGUAUGAAUGUAUGUAUGCCAGUAUGAAUGUCUGUCUGUAUGUCAUUAUGAAUGUGUCUGUGUGUCCUUAUGCAUGUGUGUCUGUAUGUAUGUUAGUAUGUGUCUGUCACUAUGUACGCCUGUGUGUCUGUAUAUGUGUGUAUGUCUCAGUAUGUGUGUGCCAGUAUGUAUGCCUAUAUGCGUAUCAGUAUGUGUGUCUGUUAGUAUGUAUCAGUGUGUGUGUGUGUGUAUCUAUGUCCUUUUGUAUCAGUGAAUGUGUUUCUGUCUGUGUGUGUAUUCCUGUGGGUGGGAUUUGGAGGCAGUCUCUGUGGGAGGUUUUGGAGGCUGGCCCCCAGGGGCCCAGACCCUGAGCUCAGUUAGGGGCCCCAAAAUUAAUGGUCCUUUUUUUUUUGUCAAUCUUUAUUUUAUUGUGCAAAUAGUGAACAAAGCUGGUUUGUUACGCCACAACAAACCCAAAUAAUAAUAUACAUGCUAUAAUAAUGUCAUGGCAUGCAGAUUUCUUGCAAAGUUUUGGUAAAUGUAGAUGAAUACAUGCUAGUCAGGUAUGUCUAUUUUGAAUGAGAAUAUAACAGUUAGCUAUCUUGCGAGAAGGUCUGGUCAUAUGUCACAAAAAGAAAAACAUAAAUAUUAAAACAGAAGAGUGGCAUGCUUAGUCUAAAUAUCUGCUUCCUUCCUGACCUUUAUGCUAGGCUGGGUGAAAUAUAAGUAACAGGCUAAAGUGGGACACUACCCCUGUUGGGUCACUAGGCAUGGGGGGAAACAGGUCUUGCAAACUGGUAGGUUUAAAUAAAAUGAUAUAAGUAUGCCUAUGUAAGUACGUAAUCAAUGUUCGAUUAGCGUGGAGUAGUGCCCCCCUGGGAUCCUAUGUGUGGUCAAUGAUGCUUGUGGGCAGUGGUGCAUGAAGUAAGCUUAUACAUAACAGUAGAUUCGAUGAUGUCUAUUUUUUUGGGGCCUCGUGCCCCACCUUCUCCUCAUUUGGCUCAGGUGAGCUGUGCCUACCCGAAAGCAACAACAACCCGGAAUUGGCCUUUAAGGCCACGGAGCGCCCAAGACAGAGCGCCCAGGACCACCGAGUUUCUCCUGGAGGGUGAGGCGGUCCUGGGCGCUCUGUCUUGGGCGCUCAGUGGCCGUAAAGGCCAAUUCCGGGUUGUUGUUGCUUUCGGAUAGGUUCCAUGAGUCUGCUCCCCAGAUGGCCCCCUUCCGUUGCCGGCCUUUCAUGGUAGUGGAGCUGGGGGGGUUUGCUGUGUCCCACCAUUUGACUACCCGUUUUUGGCUUUGUGGCAUGGAAUUGGGCAAGGUUUCCGGUUCUGGAGGUCACAUGCGGGCCUCAAGCUUCUCCCAGAAGGAGUUGAAGAUUCUAUCGAGGCGGAGCUCCAUUUCCCUCUUUGCACUGCAUAGGCCUGCGGCGUGGGAUGCAUCCGCCAUUUUGUAGGCCUCAUUAGAAUUAGGCUCAGGACUUCGUGGUCGUGUCGCUUUGACACUAAUUUGCAGGGGGAUUGUGAGGGGGCAGACCGGGAGAAUCCCAGCCGGUCCGUGGGGGGGGGACUCAGAGUCAGGAAGCCAGCUGUUCGUGGCGGCAGGAGAGCAGCCGUCUCUCCCGCGCCUUCCAUGCUUGUAGGCCUCACCAGAGUUUAGGGUGUGUAUUGGUUAAAAUGUCGCUUGGGUGGUGUCAUCUUGUGCUACUCUGUGUCACCUUUUUCUUGGUGGCAUUUGUAUCUAAAUUAAUUGCUGUCUAGGUCGCUGAAAUCUGCUUUUUCUGCCCCAGAUGGCAGGAGCUGUUGAGGCUAGCUUCCUCUCAGCUCUGCAGUUAGGCCCCGCCCCUUAAUGGUCCUUUAAAGGGACUCUCCAGUGCCAGGAAAACAAACCGUUUUCCUGGCACUGCAGGUCCCCUCUCCCUCCCACCCCCCAUCCCAGGGUGCUGAAGGGGCUAAAACCCCUUCAGUGACUUACCUGUAUCCAGCACGAUGUCCCUCGGCGCUGGGUCAGGGUCCACCCACGCUCUUCCCUCGCCGACGUCAUCCAUCGGGGGAGACCUACUGAGCAUGCGCGCCCGUGGCAGGGGAGACCUAAUGCGCAUGCACAGCAAUUCCGCACACGCGCAUUAGACCUCCCCAUAGGAAAGCAUUGAAAAAUGCUUUCAAUGCUUUCCUAUAGGGAUUUCAGCAACGCUGGAGGUCCUCACAUAGCUUGAGGACGUCCAGCGACGCUAUAGCACACUUUUCAUGUGCUAUUAUCACAGAAGUGCCCUCUAGUGGCUGUCUGCUAGACAGCCACUAGAGGAGGAGUUAAUCCUGCAAAGUAAAUAUUGCAGUUUAUGAAAAACAGGGUUAAGGGUUAAGGGUCGUGGGUAGUGGGAGUUGGCACCCAGACCACUCCAAUGGGCAGAAGUGGCCUGGGUGCCUGGAGUGUCCCUUUAACAUUUGAAAAGACUCAACUGUAAUAAACCUAAACAUACUCUAUCAGAACUAGUAGUGUUAGAUGCCAAUCAACUUAAAGAUACCAAGCAAUACAUUACAUUAUACACAAUUCAGGAGGCUCUCACGUUAUUACAUCUUGAUUGAUCAAUAAGGACAUACUCUCACUCCCUGAGCAACACUAAAACCUCCACUUUCGGUGACCAGCAUUAUCAUUUCAAGUUAAAAUUUCCACCGUUGUUAAAUUGUUAGUGGAUUCCAUAUAAAAUGUAGCAUUCACUGUAUUCACAAAGCUUAUUGCCUGGUUUUAGCCUACAAGAUAUAAUAUUUUCUAAAAAUAUUUAAUACAAUUUAAUUCUGUAUCUGGUUAUAACAAAUAAGGUUGAUGUUUUGUCAAACAUUCAAGUAGGGGGGAGCAUUUGAUAAAUAAUGAUCACUUUGUCCUUUGAAAUAAACUAAAAAACAAACAAAACAAAUGCACAUGGGAUAUACCAAAACAUAUAAUUUUAAAAAGACAGUUUUCAAUAAAAUAAGGACAACCACAGGGCAAAAAUUUUUAAUUUUCAAACAAAUAUUAGAAAGAUACACAUGUCUGUAUACGGCAUUGGGCAACAAAUAACAAAGAAACGAAGUGAAACCAAUGUGGCUUAUUAGGAAGGUAAGCCAAGGAAUUAAAAAGCAGAAAAGAAGAAAAAGGUAUUUUAAUUAGAUAAAUCAGAGACAUCCUAUAGAAAAUAUAAGGACGUCAAUAAUACCUAUAAGAAGACAGUUUGAUGGGCUAAACUAGAAAUUUAAAAAGUCAAAGCCAAAAAAACAAAAACGACCAACCCACAAAAAGAUAAAGUUUUUUUAAAAAGUACAUAACUUAAAAUAAUUCAAAAUUGAAAGUGUAGGUUCACUGAAAUCAGGUGAGAUGAAUGUUAGUAAAUGAAGAUAGGAAUAAGGCAAACAUUUUAAAUAAUUAUUUUAACAGUAUAUAUCAACAGGUAACCCAUGGCAAGAGAAAUGCAAAUGAUUUCUGCAAUAAAUGUGCAGAAAAAUUGUGAUUUCAGCAGGAAGCUGAAUUGUUAAAAUGCCCACACCCAAAAAGGGGAAGUAAGGGGGCAUAUCCACCUAAGUGCGUAAGUGGAACUGACACUUCUGGUGGUACCAGGAAUGUUGAAUAACAUAUAAAAAAAAUGACUUACAAAUAGUUUUUACAUUUUUUUUCAUUUGAUGCUCUUUCAUGUUACUUUGUAUAUUAAAAAUUUACCACAUGAUAUCAAAAUCCAAUUCGUGUUUCAGUAUUUUCUCUUCCACGAACUGAUAUAUGGCAAAAGAACAACGUUUAUAACAAUGAUUGACAGGCCCAAAAUGAAAUUGAUCAGUGUCAGGAUAAAUGUGUGGACUUUUACAUUUUAUUUUUCAGUGCAAAAUGUUUGUCCGGGCUCUGUUCGUUUUUGCUGCUUGUAAUGCCUCUUUUACAGAACGUGAUUCAAUUUAAUUCUGUUAUAUUGGUUUUACUUUUCCAACGGCUCCAGCACACAUUUUUAUUACCUUACCAGACCAUCUUUUUUUUUCUGUUCUCCAUUACAUCUAGAAUAUCUGUUAGGCAGCUCAGACAAUUGUUAUAUGUGAUUUAUGUGAUUCAAUGUUAGGGGCCCUUGAGGGCACAGCGAGGUAGAGUGGUGUAUCCUUUACCUAAUCAUUUAUGUGUUCCUGAUUCCUUGUUACAUUCUGUUCCCUUAUCCUUUAGCUAUCACAUUUUUGCUUUGUUUAGCCCAGUUAUUUCUUUUCUAUAGUUGUCUAUUACCCUUUUUAUAGACUACUACUAGUUUUUCACUGUAAUGAUUUUUAUUUACUAUUUUCUUACUGUCAGUAGAUAUUAUAUCUUUUAACCUUUCAGCUUUGAAAGGCUCUACCUAUCUUUGCGGUCUUGCAAUGAUAUAUUUUAUGCAAUAUGCUUCACUGUCUCUUUUUUUCCUUGUAUUUAGUUUAUGGUACCUUCGUAUAAGUUUAAAUUGCUGGGUGAAGCCCUAUAUCUUAAAACAAAGGGGACAAGAGUCUGCGCUAACUAAUAGAUAGAGGAGCAGCAACCCUAAAAAGAGAAUCCCUCAAAAAAACCUUGGAAAACAAGAGAAAAUAAAAAGAGUUAAGGGCUGCGCUUAAAAUCAAUAUAUUUUUUAUAUACUUUUUUAUUUUUUAUUUUAUUUUACUUUUUAAAUUUAUUAAUCUCAAGUGUAUCCCGUCUAAAGAAAUCCUUAGGUGGGGAUAAUUCCACCAGCGCUGUGGCAAUAGAGCAGUAUUUGUCUGCUCUAUUCUUGUAAGUAUAAUUUAUUUUAAUUAUCUUAUUGUUCCAACUGAGAGCACUAUCUGCUGUUUUAUAUAUUCUGUGGAUAACAACGGAUCCUAAGCCGGAGAGAUGGACCUAUCCUUCCAACUGCAAAGAGUCUCAUACAUCUGAGCUCGUCCUAGCUUAUGUUUAAGCAACUUGAAGGAAUCCAAGCCAGAUGGACGGACCGACUAUCCAAGUAUAUCCUGUAGUGGGGAUUAAACCACUAAGUGCCCUUUCUCCUAGAGCUGGUUCAAGCUCCAACAAAUGUGAGUACAAUACCUUUUCCUUGAUUUAUAUACCACAUCUGGAUCUGCAAUAUUUCACCAUUGGCAGCUUUUUCUUUUGUCUUUUUAUCUCCACAUAUAUGGACUAUUUAUCACACGGACGGACCAAUAUCUGAGGACUAAAACCAUACCACCAUAUACCAGUGAGAUUGUUUCAACUUACACUAUCUAAUUCCCAUAUUUGGAUGAACUUUGUUUAUUUUAUUCAUAUUAUAUCUUGAUUUUAUCCAUUGCUAUUUGCUGAUUUUACUCUUAUUUAUUGAUUUUAAGCACAGCCCUUAACUCUUUUUAUUUUCUCAUGAAGCCCUAUAUCUGUCUAUAAUAUUCAGCUGCCCCUGAAGGCAUCGUUAAAAAAAAAACGGAAAAAAAAACCUCCUUAAAUUGAAGAAUCCUUUAGGACUAAGGAAGACCCCAGCAGCACAUCUAGUAUGUAUUUUUACUGAUCUAAAUCCUCAUAAGGUAACUAAUUCUGAAGAAUUUAACUUGUUGCUAUUUUUUGCAACAUUUGUUUCACUGUUACACUCCAUCGCUGUCCUUUUAUUUUGAUAUUUAAAGGAACGCUAUUGCAUUCAUGUAUUCCUAAUGCUAAUGUUCCUCUACCUAUAUGUGGCAAUCGCUGCUGUGAGGAUUUAACGGUUGAGUUACUUUCCUUAAAUCAUGCAGCAAGUCAGUCUCUGUGGGGAAGAUCUGCCUCCUUGACUGACAUCAUCAAGCUUGAUGAUCUCAGCCAAUUAAAUGCUUUCCCAUAGGAAAUUUGGCAUUCACUGCACUGUACUGGAUCAAUCAGAUUAUCUCUAUGAACAUCUGAUUGAAAUAGCGGAGUUUCUCUUGGCUCUUUCGAUGGAACAGCCACAAGGUGUCAGGAUUCCUCCAUGUAAUUUCGUUAUACCGCCAUAUUGUUUUCAGUCUCAUCGGCAUAACCCGUCUGACUUUCGGGUUUAGCCAAUCCAUGCACGCCCAUGCGUCUGACGUGACGUAUCUCCCUUUAAAAAGGAACCCGCAACUACAGCUGAUUGCUCAAUCAAUGUGUUGUGUUUGUUGUUGUGACUCAAACACUCUUGUGUGUUUGAAGAGCUUUUGUUUCGUUCCUUUCACGGAACUCCAAUACUGAUUCCUGUGUACCGAACUUUCUGCAUGAUCCUGGCUAAGCUUUCUCUACAUUCCCUGUAUUGGAUACAGACAACAUUGGAACCCUACCUUCUCUCCAAACUACGGGUGACCAUAAUCCCUGCUACCCUGGAUGGACUUCCACACUCUUCAUCCUAAGAGUACAGAUAAAUUCACCAGUUUAAGGGAUUACUAAUUAGUUUACCCCAAAGUUAUAGCAGGAGGAAUAGGAGUCGCAAGUCUGCCCUCUGGGAUUGUUUUUACAAAGCUGCAACUAUCUAAAAAUACUAACUGCAUAUAUAUUAUUUCUGCAAGUCUAAGGACUAUAAUUCUUUGCAUCCAGAGUCUACCUUUAUUUAAUUUAUUCUACAAAUAUAUGGGCUGCAUAUUCUUUCUCAAGUUACAAAAAUCACCCGUGCUGCUUAACUGCUCCUUAAAAGCCUUAAAAGUCUUGUUUUUUUGCCAAUCAUGCAACCUCUCAUUUAAUUUACAUUUAAUUGUCAUAUCUUGUGAAGCAAUACCAAACAAGUUUGUUAUUCAUGUAUUUUUAGUUCAAGACCUUAUUCUUACAAAAGUCUGCAAAGGUGAAAUUAUAUUAUUUAAAUAAAUUAUGUUCCUUUAAAGUGACAGUACCUCAUUUCUUCAUUAACCUGCGGUUGAGUUCUAAAUAACUAAUUAAUUUAACCAGAGCAUUACACAAAGGGGCAUUUAAACCCUGCUAUGUAAACAUUGCUAUUCAUGCAGGGUUACAAUGACAGUAACAUGGCAACCACUUCACUGAAAUAUUAUCUGUUAAACAGCUCUAUGCACCCAAGCCCAGUUUUAGGCUGGUAUAUAUAUUUUAUUUAAGUAUAUUAUAUAAAAGCAAACAUGUUUCACUGUCAUAUAGGCAUUAUAGGGGAGCAACUGACAUCCAUAUACCCAAGCGCCUACCAAACAUGUAGGUCUGUUUGUAUUCAAUCAUUAUUGUGUUCAUUGUAAAUGUCUAGGCAUUAUCCAGGCACAGGGCAGAAAAUAUAGGUGAUACUCGAAAAAUUUGAAUAUCGUGCAAAAGUUCAUUUAUUUCAGUAAUGCAAUGUAAAAGGUGAAACUAAUAUAUGAGAUAGACGCAUUACAUGCAAAGCAAGAUAGUUCAAGCCGUGAUUUGUCAUAAGUGCGAUGAUUAUGGCUUACAGCUCAUGAAAACCCCAAAUCCACAAUCUCAGUAAAUUAGAAUAUUGUGAAAAGGUGCAGUAUUCUAGGCUCACAGUGUCCCACUCUAAUCAGCUAAGUAAGCCACAACACCUGCAAAGGGUUUCUGAGCCUUUAAAGGGUCUCUCAGUCUGGUUCAGUAGGAAUCACUAUCAUGGGGAAGACUGCUGACCUGACAGGUCAAAAGGUAAUUGCGAAGGAAGUUGGAUGUUCCCAAAGUGCGGUAUCAAAGCACAUUAAUAGAAAGUUAUGUGGAAGGGAAAAGUGUGGUAGAAAAAGGUGCACAAGCAGCAGGGAUGACCGCAGCCUGGAGAGGAUUGUUAGGAAAAGGCCGUUCAAAAACAUUGAGGACUUUCACAAGGAGUGGACUGAGGCUGGAGUCUGUGCAUCAAGAGCCACCACACACAGACGGAUCUUGGACAUGGGCUUCAGAUGUCGUAUUCCUCUUGUCAAGCCGCUCCUGAACAACAAACAACGUCAGAAGCGUCUUGUGGCGAAACUGGCCUCGCCACUGGGCAUUGGAGAAGACUGAUUGCCUGCCUCCUGCCAUGUGACUAUGGCCCCUGGGAUGUAUUGCCCUUUAAAGACAUGAUUUGGGCAUAAGGGAUUUGUGUUGUGCUGCUGCUAGCCCUUUAAGAACCAUCUGGGAACAUACUGUGGAGUUACUGGGUGGCCACCAUUUCCUGUAUCAGAGGCACAUGGUGAGAGCAAUGGAUGAAGCACAUGGUGAGAACAAUGGAUGGCGGCCAUUUUAACUCACAGACACUGUUUGGACUUUUCAACACGGUGCCAUCUCGCCACUAUUUGGUGCACAGAGACAUCGUGCAGUAGUUUUGGACUAUACAGCAGGGGACACAUUAUACAGUGAUUGUUUUUCAUUUAGCCUGUAUAUGUUCUGCAGAAUCUGCAUUAAACUGUAUCUUCCAAAGUACUGAACGGAUCUGGGUGAAUUUUGGAUAUGUGGUUCACCCAGAUCCCCCGGUUCCAAGGAUACUUUGUAUGGGGUUAUUGCAUGUUUUGGGGUCCCUGUGAUGUGUUUUAUGAAACUGUAUUUCUCUGUCUGUGAUAAUUAGAUUACCCAUUGUGUAAGGUAAUUGUAUCACAGGCAGAGGGGAGGAUUUUGUGUGGGAGUGUCUUUCUGUAAUGUACGGGUGUUAUUGGUUGUUCUGUAAAACCCUGUGGGCAGUACUAAAUUUGUGGAUUGGGAAUAAAAGAGGCUGUAUGUGCCAGUCCAGUUAGUUCCUGCUUAACCCUCAAAGUGAAGUGUCGUCUCAUUAUUGGGGGAGGAUUUAUUGUAUGCUGUUCCAGUUUGACUGCUAGGACUGUAAACCUAUUCGCAUGGUUUUUCCUAUUCAGCUGUAUAGAACAUUCAUAUGCUUGAGAGCAUUCAUAUGCUCCUACGGUUCGGUGGUUUUGAUGUCUGCUGCAGUGCUUGGAGUCCUCAGGAAGUGCUAGGAGCAUCCUUCAACUGAGGUACCCAGUCGGGGUGCCAGGUGAUCUGUUACACGUCUUACCUGGGCUAAAGAAAAACAAACCUGGUCUGUUGCUCAGCGGUCCAAAGUCCUCUUUUCUGAUGAGAGGAACUUUUGCAUCUCAUUUGGAAACAAAGGACCCAGAGUCUGGAGGAAGAAUGGAGAGGCACACACUGCAAGAUGCUUGAAGUCCAGUGUGACAUUUCCACAGUCUGUGUUGAUUUGGGGAGCCAUGUCAUCUGCUGGUGUUGGUCCACUGUGCUUCAUUAAGUCCAUGGUCAAUGCAGCCAUAUACCAGGAGAUUUUGGAGCACUUCAUGCUUCCUUCCGCAGACGAGCUUUAUGGGGAUGCUGACUUCACUUUCCAGCACCUGCCCAUACUGCCAAAAGCACCAAAGCCUGGUUCAAUGACUGUGGGAAUACUGUGCUUGAUUGGCCAACAAACCUGCCUGACCUGAACCCCAUAGAGAAUCUAUGGGGCAUUGCCAAGAGAAAGAUGAGAGACAUGAGACCGAACAAUGCAGAAGAGCUGAAGGCCGCUAUUGAAGCAUCCUGGUCUUCCAUAACACCUCAGCAGUGCCACAGGCUGAUAGCUUCCAUGCCACGCCGCAUUGAGGCAGUAAUUGCUGCAAAAGGGGCCCAAACCAAGUACUGAGUCCAAAUGCAUGCUUAUACUGGUCUGAUAUUGUUCUAUGUACACUCCUUGUUUUAUUGAUUGCAUGUAAUAUUCUAAUUUACUGAGAUUGUGGAUUUGGGGUUUUCAUGAGCUGUAAGCCAUAAUCAUCGCACUUAUGACAAAUCACGGCUUGAACUAUCUUGCUUUGCAUGUAAGGAGUCUGUCUCAUAUAUUAGUUUCCCCUUUUACGUUGCAUUACUGAAAUAAAUGAACUUUUGCACGAUAUUCUAAUUUUUCGAGUAUCACAUGAAUAUAUAUAGAUAUAUAUAUUUGUCUUACUUUUUUACAUUUGUACUUUUAACAAUAUAAUUGUUAAGAAAAAAGUUAAGCACAGUUUGGAAUGAAUCUGAAUGUCAAUAAUUUAAGUAAAACAUUAUAGUAGCUUUAAACCUCUUUUAUUUGUUGUGGUUCGAUGAAGAGUAACACAGGUGUAUAAAAUACAAAUAAGUCUCCAUAUAUCAACAAGAAAUGUCACAAAUAGUGACUUAUCUUGUACAACAUUUCUUUUUCUUUUUUUUUAUAUCUUAGAAACUAAAUAAAACAAAACAAAAACAAAAACUUGAUUUCUCACACACUGCAUAUCUUAAUCAAUAUAUAAAAUCAUAUAUGUGAAAUCUUGGCUUGAAAUUGUAGGGCGGAUGACUAUGGGGUGUUAAACAAGAGAGCCCCAUUUUAAAGGAUCAUAUUUUAUUCUGUGAUAGGUGGCAGUAAAAAAAAAUAUUUUAGUAAGCUCAUUAUGAAAUGCGCUGUACAUGCUAAUGAUUGGCGUGUGACGUGCAGCUGGAAAACACAUUCAAUGCACGAUGUCGAAUGGAAAUAGAUUUAAUUGCAAUUGUAUGCUACUGACCAAUACUCCCACUGCCAUGUUGUCUACUUUGUUUUGCUUUGAAUGGGAACUGUAUGAUUUACAUUUUGCCUACACCCAUUACAUGGACCAGGGGUAGAAAUAGUGUAGCGAGUGCCUUGGUGCAGGUACCUCACUCCCCCCCCCCCACCCAGGGCAAGGGUGGACAAAAGGUAGAUCCUCAGCUGUCAAACAACUGCCACAAUGCUUUGCCAGUAAGGGAUAUACCAUCGACCAUCCUUGUAGGGCUGUAUUUCUAUGCCAAGUUUGUGUGUUUGAGUGUAAGCAUGUUUUUGUAUGGAGUAUGUGAAGGGUGUAUUUGUCUGUAUUGUGGGAUUUUGAAUCCAGUUUUGUGUUUACAUGUACUGUUGCCAUUUGAUUGCAGUGGUGUAUUUGUGUAUAGUGUUGGUGAUUGAAUGCACAUUUACAUAAACAUUAGCACAUAUACACACGUGCUGAUACAGAUCACACUGACGGAGAUGUACAUACACACUGACAAAAACACUUAAAUACACACAGACUGACACAUACCCACAGAUACACACAUCUAAACACACACUUAUGUCACUGACAUGGACAAUUUCACUGAUUUCCUGUGUGACCAACUGAUUUUGUCCGAAAGGAAAAAAAAUGUUUCUUUCAAUGUUGUUCAUGCGGCAGAGAUUGUUUCGGUUUCAGAUGAUCCAAAAUAAAGUGAAAAUUGGGCAAUGAAUGUACUGUAAAAUAUAAACAUAAUAUACAUUUUAUGUAAAUAUUUUGCAGUAAUGUACCAUUUAGCUCACAGAUUUUUUUUACUGCUGCUCUUUUCUUUCCUCUGUUGGUCACUUCUUACUUGUUCUGAGAAUAAAAUUUAAAAUUGAAGAUUUUGCCAUCAAUCGUUUUUUUUUUAAUGUUUUUUUUUUUUUUUUUAAGCCAAGGACAGAACUCCAAUUCACAAAACAAAUUAGGCAGUUUUUACCAUUGUCUAUUUCUUUUCUUUUCUGAUUCAUCCAUAUGGAGAUUCAGAAUUUUGGAUUUUGUAUGAAUUGCCAAUCGUCCAAAAUUUGGAUGAAUCAUAAUUAGUUAUCCAAAACUCUAAAAUGCUAAAUGGACAAAUCACAAAACAAAUGAAACGGUUUGUCCAUUGUCCGUUUCUUUUGUUUCACGAUUCAGAGUUCUGUCUGUGGAGCCAAAAAAAAGAUGAUUGAUGGCUGAGGAUAGCUACUAAAUAUUGAUUUUAUUCACAUACCAAGUAAAAAGUGACCAAUAGAGAAAAAAAGGAAAAACAAUAAAAAACAUAUAUAUUUAUCCAUUAUAUCUUUAAUAAAUAAAGAUUAUAUAUUUAAUAUUAGAUGAAUAUAUAGAUUUUUAAAUGCGCCUCGUUUUUGCUUUUUGGCUACUUUUCUCACUUGAUCUGUAAACUAAAUGGUGCUAAAUAUGCUUAUCAGGUUUUUAUAUUAUGCAUAUAUAGUGCAAUACACUUAUUGACCAAUUUUCUCACCAUUUCAGUUUGCCCGAUCGGUUUCUCAUCAAAAUGAUCUUAUGGACGAAAUGAUCUCAUGAACUGAAAUAAAACACUACAUGGACGAAACCCAAAUUGACGAAAAAUUUUUUUCCAGACAAAUCGAUGUGGACAAACACAUUUUUUUGUCAUGCAAAAGUCUAUCAUUUACUUUUUUCAGUCAAAGUCGAUACUUCUGUGGCGCUUAUACUAAUUUAGGGCAUGUACAGUGAAAUGUGCAAUGAUUAAUCUGGCCUAACCUUUAGCUGCCAAAUUAAAUUUAUUAGAAAUUAGGAUUUCGUUCAAUUAUUACCUGCCCUCUUUCCGAAUGGGCACGCUGGGCAGUUGCCCAGGGGCCCCACAGCGUUGCCCUUGUGCCGAGGCUGACAGGGAAGAUCCUUUGAUCUCCCCUGCUGGCCCUGUUCACUUGCUGUGGGCCCUCUUGGGGGGGAAAAAGGCCCUUCGUUAGUGAGAAGGAGGUAGGACCUGGGAGACAGAGCGCUCCUCCCGCAAGAAUGCUGGUCGGAGCGUUGUUGCGUGUUAUUAUGGCAACGCUCCAACGCGGCAUUCUGCUCGCAAAAGGAAUGAAGUGAGCCAUAGUGAACUAUAGAGAUAUACUACUCACCACAGGACCACCAGGGCUGGCAAUGGCAGUGUCCUUCUCCCCUUCCUUUCCAAAGGUAAGAAGAAGGGUAGGGGGGACAUAAAGCAUUUCUUUAUUUAUAUUUUAUAUAAUAAUAAUGAAAAGCAAAUAUCCAUUAUCCCUAUGCACCCUCCACACACACACACACACACACACACACGUGCGUAACUAGAAACCACGGGGCCCCGGUGCAAAAAUUGCCCUGGGGUCCCACCCAUACGUCUACUCCCCACACCAUACGUCCCCUCACACUCACUUCUCUCCGUCUUGUUUGUGCCUCUGUGCCAAACUCUUAGCUUUUUUGUUUUAGAAAUUCCCAAAAAAUAGUGCAUGCGCUCAGAGAGCUUGUAGUCAAUCAAUUUUUUUUUUAAUGCAGAAUAUAUAGGUAAAUGUGUCAACGACUCAGGUCUCAGUCCUUACCGGACUUUUUCAAGUUUCACUUUUUUGAUUUUAUAUUAUGUUCCAUAUAUAAAUAUUUGAUGUGAAAUGAAAGCCCUGUUUCUCCGUAAGAAAACGAUAUAUAGUAAGAGUGGGAGCACUUAAUAAGAGGUGAAUUAUGGUUGAACAGACUGACGGUCAAACUCUAGGUUUUGUUUUGGUUCAGAACUUGUACAAUUGCCUCUGUUCUUAAGGGGUUAACAUUCUAAUAUUUUUUUUUUUAUAAAUGUUUCACUUUGCAUUUUAUUUUGAUGUCAUUACCUAAUACAGCUGAGUAUUUUUCUAUAUCGCUAUUAAAAAAAUGCACUUUAUUUCCUGCUUAAUAUUUUUUUCCUUCUCAGUCUUUAAAAUAAACCUUUCUGUGUUUUCCCCACUCAGCUGACUAGAUAGUAAACAUAUUUUUGUGAAUGAUAAUUUACUGCUUUGAAAAGUUCAGGGAGUGCCAUACAUUAUUUAUUACAUCCCCUGCCUGGCAGUAACAUACAAAGGAAACACUUCUGGGACAAGACAACUCAUUCUGCUAAAACAAUAUCAAAAUCUACUUUUCCUAACUGAAAUCGGUAUCCCCUGGGAAGGGAUGUCCUAUUUUCAAAAUGUAUUAAUAUUAAUCUUGAAUUAAAAAAAAACUAUUCGUAAAUGAUAAAAAAGGACAGAAUAUUCUAUAUCGCUAUUUAAAACCUACCAAACAGCCACCCUUAUUGUCAUCAAAGCGCUCACUGCGUUAGAGGUCAGUGAUGCUGUUUAUCCCCUCCCUUGGACUCGAAUGGUUUGACCCAUAGCGGUGACGUCAUCCUUCAGCUGUUCCAGGCAGAGAAAGAGAGAGGUCUUGGAGAGUUUGAAUGUGAUGCAGAUCAGGGAGACCUGGCAUGUGAGAGCGAGGGAUGUGUGGGAGCAUUCUGCAGCUGGAUGGGACUGCUGGCUUCGCUAGGUCUGGAGAGCUGGCUGCACGCUCCCCAAUGCUCUUCCCUUUGCUGUUGCCUUUUAGGAUAGGGAACUUCUCGCCCUCCUUGCUGCAACAUUGAAAACUUUCAAUAACCGCCGCCAGUUACUCCCCAACCCCCCUUCUGGGUUGCCUGACCACCGGAGGAAGUGACAACUUAUUGCAUGAAAGCCAUUUCCAUGCAUCCUGCUCUGACCUGGUAAUAGAAUCUUAAUACUUCAAUGCAUUCUAUACUAACCUGGGAAUAGAAUCUUUAUACCUCAAUACAUUCUGUACUAACCUGGGAAUAGGAUAUUGAUAUAUAUUCUAUACUAACCUGGGAAUAGGAUAUUGAUAUAUAUAUUCUAUACUAACCUGGGAAUAGGAUAUUGAUAUAUAUUCUAUACUAACCUGGGAAUAGGAUAUUGAUAUAUAUAUUCUAUACUAACCUGGGAAUAGGAUAUUCAUACAUAUAUUCUAUACUAACCUGGGAAUAGGAUAUUGAUAUAUAUAUUCUAUACUAACCUGGGAAUAGGAUAUUCAUAUAUAUAUUCUAUACUAACCUGGGAAUAGGAUAAUAAUAUAUAUUCUAUACUAACCUGGGAAUAGGAUAUUGAUAUAUAUUCUAUACUAACCUGGGAAUAGGAUAUUGAUAUAUAUAUUCUAUACUAACCUGGGAAUAGGAUAUUCAUAUAUAUAUUCUAUACUAACCUGGGAAUAGGAUAUUCAUAUAUAUAUAUUCUAUGCUAACCUGGGAAUAGAAUCUUUAUACCUCAUUACAUUCUAUACUAACCUGGGAAUAGAAUCUUUUUACCUCAUUACAUUCUAUACUAACCUGGGAAUAGAAUCUUUAUACCUCAUUACAUUCUAUACUAACCUGGGAAUAGAAUCUUUAUACCUCAUUACAUUCUAUAUUAACCUGGGAAUAGAAUCUUUUUACCUCAUUACAUUCUAUACUAACCUGGGAAUAGAAUCUUUUUACCUCAUUACAUUCUAUACUAACCUGGGAAUAGGAUAUUGAUACAUUCUGUACUAACCUGGGAAUAUAAUCUUUUUACCUCAUUACAUUCUGUACUAACCUGGGAAUAGGAUAUUGAUACGUCAUUACGUUCUAUAUUGACCUGAUAAUUAAUUAUUGAUAUUGCAGCGCGUUCUGUACUGACAGGUCAAUAAUGGACGUAAAGACAGGACAGUAGCUUCACUGCGAAAGUCCCUCCUCUGGGGACUAAUGGGUUAAAAAGCUUAGUUUCGUGAUCAUGGGCAAACAAACAGCAAUUAAAGCGUUAACUAGUCAACCUAACCCUAGUAUACAUUAACCAUUAGAAGCUAUAUAUAGUCCUUCCAACUGAUCCCAGAGGUGUCCCUUUAAUGUAUUGUUACUGGGCAAAGGGUGUUUAGGUCCUGGGAAAAAUGUGAUUCUAUUUUUUGUUUUUUUUGUUUUGUUAAUAAGAGGUAAAGAGUAGUACCCUGUUAGCGGUAUAAAAAAGUAGAUGGGUAUAGUCCGUGUUCUGAUUAAACAUCCCAUUUGAUCACUGUCAAAGUUUGGUAGGGCGAUACAUGGUUUUUAAUAUACAUCUAAUAAUUGUAACGUUAUUUCAACAAGAUAAAUGUCGAUGACCUGUUGCUGCAGCUUUGUCUUGUUUUCUUAUAUGUUUGACAUUUGUCACGCACAUUGUGCAAAACCUUGCUCCACAUCCGCUGGCACCCCCAUUAACUUGGUUUGAUUUGCAUUGUUUUGCUUUGCAAAUUGAACUUACACAUCAGCACACACGCAUGCCCAAGGUUAACCCUUUUGAGUUCAUUUAUACAAAUGCUUUGAGAUCAUGUCGAUGUUGUCCAUAAAUGGGACCCCUGGUUUUGGAAAUAGUUCAGUUCUCAUGACAAAUGUACAUGACAACAAUUGCAGAGCCAGGUUUGGAAGGAUGAGCAUGUGGGCAGUCCACCAGCUUUCUGAGAUCUAAAGGCUGUCUGUGAACCAGAGAAGGAAGGACUUGUUCAUGCAGUAUUGUUUUUGAUUUCUUUUGUGUGGUGAAUUUGGGUUUGGUGAGUUUAACCCCUUAAGGACCAAACUUCUGGAUUAAAAGGGAAUCAUGACAUGUCACACAUGUCAUGUGUCCUUAAGGGGUUAAAGAUGAUUCAAUUGUUCCUAGAGUUGACCUCCCGCCCCCGCACCCCCCAUCAACUUGUUUCAUAUACAGAGCAGGGCCUGUUACCAAGCUACAGCCAUUUAGAUGCUAUCACCACACUUAUCAAACCUGUUGAUUGUGUUUGUUAUGUAUUUAGUAUUGUCUUUGUUUUAAAGAAGAUUUGUUUGGAGAGCUAAUUACAUAACAGAUGUAAUCGUAUUAUGGGGUACACAGACUGCCCAUCGAAUUCACAUGGUACAUCAGGGGUUCAGGAGGGGGGUGGCUUGUCUGGACUUGUUUGAAACAGGUGUCUAAAAAUUCUCAGUUAACACCCCAAAACCUCUUGCAUGCCAGUGUUUAAUAAGCCAGCACUUCUUCAAACUCUGAUUUCAAUUUGUUGUUUUUUGUUUUUUUAUUAUUCCUAGGAAAUCUGACAGUGAAAUGGUUACUACUGUCUCCACUCCAGUGUGUUCAGUUUUUCCCCACAUUGCUGUUAUUUAGCACUGAAUUAUUUAUGUGAUCCUGACUUUCUGCUAGUGUUUGCUGAUGAGUCUUCUCCGUGUAUAAAUUAUAAGGAUAAUUUGUGGUAACUGAGAUGUGCAAUAUGUUCUCCAAUUACAGUACUCUUCUGAUAUAUUACACACCCUGAUUCAUUUUGUUCCAUUAUAAAUGUUCCCUGACAUUAUACUUUAUAGCUGUAUUUAUGAGGGAAAAAAAAAUUGUACCAUUUUAUGGAGCACAACCCCUAUCACUGCUUGCUGUAAUGCUCAGCACUAUGGGGAAUGUAUUAAACACUCAUCUGGUGUACCAAGGUUAUGGCUAACCUCCCAGCUCAUACUGUGGGGGUAUGUGACACCCAAUUCUAAUUCUGUAUUUCUGAACACUUCUUGGUCCAGUUCUUUAUCUGGCAUUGUGAAGUUUUUGGGAAAGUGCGGUCCGAUAAAUGUUUUCAGUUUGCUGUUUGUGAGAGAGCAUGUUUUACACUUCACAGAUUUAAUGUCAUGUGUGACUGUUGAUCAGACAGCCACUAGUGGCACUUCCUCAUGAAGACUUUCAAUUAUUGAACGUUUUUAUAUUCUGAGUGUGACAAGUGCUGUGGAUGCUCACUAGACCCCCAGUGCUUCACUAUGGGAUGCGUUGCAUUAAACCAAAUAUCUUCUUUAUGGGUGAACAGCUGCCUGCUGGAAAAUGCCCAGAACACUUUUUACUUUGUAUCCCACUUUGUUUACCACUUUUUACUUUGUUUUAAAAAGGGAAGGUGACAUGUCUGCCUAGUGCGACACACUCUAACAUUAAUGGAACACUAUAGUGUCAGGAAUUCAUUCAUGAUACUAUAGUGUUUAACUAGUUAUGUGACCGCCCCUCUCCGGUAACUGGCUCCUUCUCCAUGGCUGAGUUUACCAAGCAUGAUUAUAGGAAAGCAUCGGGAGGCUAUUGCGCAUGCGUGACAAAAUGCCACGCUGCACUAGUCAGCAAGUUCUCGUAGAGGUGCAUUCAAUCCAUGCAUAGUGUAGAGAUACUGAAUGCCAGUGCUGAACUAGGAAGCCCCUCAAGUGACUGGCAAUAGAGGUUACUAGGCAGCAAUGUAAACACAGCCUUUUAUCCGAAACCAUAACCAAUAUAUUAACUGUAGUGGUUCUGGUGACAAUUGUGUCCAUUUUACUGUUGUUUUGAAAACUCAUGUACCCAACAGCUAAUUGUCUGACGUCUUACAAUAAUGCUAAAUCGGAGUCCGUUAUUUUUUUUUUUCCAAACGGAAUUUAUAAGUCAGUUGUGAUGUCCACAGUUAUGGCCAUCCUAUCCCUGGUAUGAGACAUGUUCUCUGAAAGAACUUAAGAUAUGAAAAUAUUUCCAGCACAUCCUUAUGAAGCAGUGUUCCUAACUACACUACUACAAAAGCCUGACUGCGACAGUAGUAAAGAUCGAAAUGUUGCAUUUGUACAUCUUGGGCGCUUCAGUAAAGGGACACUGCUUCAUAAGGAUGUGUUGGAAUUGUUUUCUUGAUCUCUGGAUGUAUGCUGGUUUGGGCCAAACCGGAAUCCUUGCACCCUUAUUGGUAGGUGCUUUUUCCUCUUUUUUUGUGUGACAUGUCAUGAUUCCCUUUUAUUCCAGAAGUUUGGUCCUUAAGGGGUUAAAGAACUUGUCACUUAUAGAAAUAGAAACCAAAUGUUGAAUAUGUUACGCAUAAUAUAAGCAAAGUAAGCUUCUCAACUGCAGAAGAUAUAAUGCUAACCUAAAAGAGCAGAGUCUGACACCUUUUGUAGGGGGUGGGAUCGGUUAUAUAACUAGAUCUUAUUUAUUUUCUGAGGAUAUAAGAUCUUUUUCUCGCAUUGUGAUUUGCUUUGUAUGAUGUGCCAUCCAUAUCUGACAGUUGCAUUGUUCUUUAUAAUUUAUUGCAUGCCAGAUGUGGUAAGGACCUGCUCAGAUGGUGGUACAGCAAUUACAGUAGACCUAUUCUCCAGUGAGACACUUGUCUGCUGCUGUACACCCUGAGGACAAUCAGUAGGGUUAAUUCCAAGGACAUCUUUAAAACAGCCACCUGGCACAGAAAGUUUCUUCCCAUAUCAAGCUAGUAAUUCGUUGGCCACAGAACUAUCAGUUAGUGCCAAACUUGGCUUGGCUCGUUAUGAUCUUCAUGUCAGCGUGGGAAUGGCCGCAGCUGAUGAAGAGGUUUGGCAUGUUAGAGUAAUCAUUUCUUACUUUAAACAUCAGUUUUCCCAGCUACCUGUCCAUUAAACUCUACGUGGUGCCUGGUUGUACUGUUUAUUCUAUAGUUUUGUGGCUGCUGUAUACCACAGACUCUGCUACAUUAAGUAAUACUCAUACAAUCACUCUACUAUUGACACUUUUAGACUUCCUCUGCUUGUAUCCCACAAUUUGAUACAGUUGCUUCUAUACUGCUACAGCCCUCUCUCCACCCUCUCCUACUGGUAUUCAUUCCUUUCUUGCUGCACCCACUCCUAUAUUUGUCCUAAUUCCUGUAUCUAUGCUGAACCCCAUUAUAACCUUGAAAUACACAGUUGCUCUUCCCAGCUCCCUCGCCCUACCAAGAACUUCCAGGAACUGUGAAGGAACCGAUAAUGUAUUAACUCAGUCCCCCAUUGUUCGUAUUAGGUUAUAGGACUGAUCCAUCUGUAUUUCUUCCCUGUUAUUAUCUUGGUGUAUAUAUUCAAUGUAAUGCUACCUUGAUGUGUAUCUUCAAUAUAAGAAACCUUAAAGGUCUAAUCCUACAAUUAAAUAAAUAAAUAAAUCUGUUAAAAGGAAUUUCUUUUAUUAAAUUUAAUUAAGAAGAAAAUCUCAAACUUAUUGGAUUGAAAAUUCCCCAAAUUAUGGGCGUAACAGUCCAACAAAUUAAUGCGAUUUGAUACCCAGUGUGAUAGAUCUGUUGGUGGGUAAUACUAAGUUGUCUCAUUUGCAGGUUCACAGCAAAGUAUUCUUUGAUUAUUUUAUCAGUCAAUAAAAUCCAUACCAUUAGUGGCUCUGUCAUUGGCUGUGACUAAUAUAAAUAAUUUUAUAUAAUUUUUUAAAUAUUCCCCCCCGCCCUUACCACACGCUGUGCCCUCACAGUCCCAUCAAUGUUGGUCUCACUGUCCUGCGUCUUUUCAACUUUUGUUCAAUCUUUUGUCUCUAUCCCAGAUGUUUUCCAGCCACUGCCAUCUUCUACAGGCUGGCAGAGACGUUGGCUCUUUGCCUUUGUUUGCCCUACCUCUUGCAUGCGUAUCAGACUUUGCACAUGUGCACUGCCUCUAUCUACUGGACUGGUCAUGCAUGAGACACUCUAGAUAUGUGACCCAAGGGACUUGAAGGACCGUUAAAGGAACACUAUAAGGUCAGAAACACAAAUGUGUAUUCCUGAUCCUAUAGUGUUAAAAUCACUAUUUAUCCCCCCUGGCCACCACUUGCCCCCAUAAAUAUAUUAAAGCCUUACCUUAUUUCCAGGCAGUGCAAGUCUGCCAACCCUGGCCCUGUCCCUGCCCCAAUCCACCUCCUUGACUGUCAUCAUCAGAAGUGAUGAUCUCAGCCAAUUCAUAGGAAAGCACUGGAUUGGCUAAGAUUGUCAAUUCUGAUGAUCUCAGUCAUGUAGGCGGGGAGGAGGCGGAGUCAAACAUUGCCAUCUCAUCAUACAGAUGUAUUAAAUCAAUGCAUCUCUAUGAGGAAAGUUCAGUGUCUCCAUGCAGAGGGUGGAGCCACUGAAUUUCAUUCCUGCACACUGUGCAGGAAUGCCCCAGGAAGCAUUUCUAGUAGCCAUCUGAGGAGUGGCCACUAGAGGUGUCCCUAGGCCAGCGGUUCCGAAAGUGUGGGUCGCGCUGACCCACACAUCCAGGGCCGCAGGGGACUCGAGCAAGCAGACUGACACCAGGAGGGAGCCCGGCGGCUUGCCCUGUAUGCCGCCGGGCUCCCUCCAAUCAGUCUGCCCAGCAGCUCCGGUCUGCAGCUCCGCCGGGUGCAGAGCUGCAGACCAUGUGAUAGAAGUCUCGCGAGCUCCCAGAGCAUUACCAUGGCAACACUCUGGGAGCUCGCAAGACUUUUAUUACAUGGUCUGCAGCUCUGCACCCGGCGGAGCUCAGACCGGAGAGUUACCCCACUGGACCACCAGGGAGACACUGUACCACCAGGGAAUUCAGGUAGGACAUAGCCCCCAGACAACCCCCUCCCCCCAUGUAACCCCUUCACCCCCUGCCCCCCAUGUAACCCCUUCACUCCCUGCCCUUCCCCAUGUAACCCCUUCACUCCCUGCCCUCCCCAGCGUAACCCCUUCACCUGCCCUCCCUCCCAAUAUAACCCCUUCACCCUGCCCCUUCCCCCAAUGUAACCCCUUCACUCCCUGCCCUCCCACACUGUAACCCUUCACUCCAUGCCCCCUCCCCACACUGUAAUAUUUCUCCUUCUCACUCCCUGCCUUCCCCACAUGUAACCCCUUCACUCCCUGCCCUCCCCACACUGUAACCCCUUCACUCCCGGCCCCCCUCCCCACACUCUAACCCAUUCACUCCUGGCCCCUCCCACUGUAACCUUUUCUCCCCUGCCCCCACUGUAGCCUUUUCUCCCCCUUGCCCCCCACACUGCAACCUCUUUCCCCUGCCUCCCACUGUAACCCUUUCUCACUUUGCCCUCACACUGCCCCCUACACUGUUACCAGCACACACACUCCCUCCCACACUGUCACCCUCACCUCUCCCACACAGUCACCCUCACCUCCUGUCUCUGUGUGUAUGUGUAUCUGUGUGUCCUUUUGUGUCACUGUGUGUGUAUUUGUGUGUCUGUGUGUAUUGUGUGUCAGUGUGUAUCUGUGUACAUGAGUGUCUGUGUAUCUAUGUGUGGGAAACUAGGUGUCAUGGUGUGUAUUCCUGUAUCAGGGUAUGUAUUUGUGUGUGUGUGUGUCUCUGUAUGUGUGUGUAUAUGUGUAUACACUUCACACAUACUCCAUACAAAAAAACAUGCUUACAUUCAAACACACAUUUGUAUACAUGUGUAUAUGUAUACUUUAUAAACAUAAUACACACACUUCAUCCACUACACACGUACUGCAAACGCAAACAUUACAUACAAACACACCCCGGCAUUAAAACACUAAAAUUAUCUACAAACACCCCUUCAUUCAAACACCAACACUCAAAAACCACACCUGCAUUUCAAGUCCGACACUACAUACAAACACCCAUGCAUUCAGACGCAAUCAUUACAAACAAGUACACCACUACAUUCCAAUGGCAACAGUACAUACAAAUACACCCAUACAUGCACACAUAUACUUAAUACAAAAACAUGCUUACAUUCAGACGCUCAAACACUGCUCACAAAUAUAACCCUGCAAUGACAAGAAAAUGGUAGAUCCCCAUCUGGUAUAGCAUUGUUGAAGUUCUCCGACAGAUGGAGAUCUACAUUUUGGCCACACUUGCACUAGAGGGGGGCCCAGAAAACAUAUUUGCACCAGGGCACUCUCUACAUUAGUUCCACCACUGGGAUAAUCAAUGUGAGGUGCCUGGAUGAAAGAGCAGGACACAGCACUUCUGAUUCUAAGUCUGUGAGUAAGCAGUUGUAUGUCUCUAAAACUGAUUGCCAUGAUGUGCAAAGUUUCUGCCUCUAAAACUGCCAUGAUAUCCCAGAACUAUGCCUCUAAAACUGAUUGCCAUGGUGUGCCAAUUUUAUGCAUCUGACUGUUUGCCAUGGUAUGCCAAUUGUAUGCCUCUGAAGCUGAUUGCCAUGAUGUGCCAAGUUUAUGCAUCUAAAGCUUAUUGCCAUGCUGUGCCAAGUUUAUGUAUUUAAAGCUGCCAUGAUGUUCCAAUUUUAUGCCUCUAAAACUGAUUGCCACGAUGUUCUGAAUUUAUGCCUCUAAAGCUGGUUGCCAUGGUGCCAAUUGUAAGCCUCUAAAACUGAUUGCCAUGGUGUUCCAAUUGUAUGCACCUAAAGUUGCCAUGAUGUGCCAAGUUUAUACAUCUAAAACUGAUUGCUAUGGUGUGCCAAUUGUAUGCCUGUAAAGCUGAUUGCCAUGGUGUGCCAGUUGUAUGCAUCUAAAGCGGAUUCCUAUAGUGUGCCAAUUGUAUGCCUCUAAAGCGGUUUGCCAUGGUGUGCCAGUUUUAUGCCUCUAAAAGUAAUUGUCAUGGUGUGCCAAUUGUGUGCAUCUAAAGCGGAUUGCUAUGGUGUGCAAAUUGUAUGCCUCUAAAGCUGAUUGCCAUGGUGUUCACUUUUUAAAAUAUGCAUUAAAAGCAAGUGGGUCUCGAAAAAUUACCGUUUUGAAAAGUGGGUUUCGGCCCUUAAAAGUUUGGGAAGCCCUGCCCUAGGCUGUAAUGUAAACUCUGACUUUUCUGCAAUGACUGUAGUUGUUCUGGUGACUAUAGUGUCCCUUUAAGUAGUAUGGGGAAAUUUAUCUUGACAAAGACUUGAAGAGAAUAUGUAAGUAAAAAUAAUUCCUCCUUUCCCUAUGUAUUUUAAAAGGCAUAAAAUGUAUAUGAAAAAAUAAAAUAAAAAAUAAAAAAUGGAUUGACGGCAGGGAACCAAACGAUAUCAAAGAUAAGUUUGAGGUGACAGAGGUGCUUUAAGUUGGUAAUAAUAUCAUUGUUGUAAAAAAGCUAAAUGUACAAUCUUGGGUUAAAAUAGCACACUUGCCACCACAACCAAUGCAACUUAAAGGACCACUCUAGGCACCCAGACCACUUCAGCUUAAUGAAGUGGUCUGGGUGCCUGGUCCAGCUAGGGUUAACCCAUUUUUUCAUAAACAUAGCAGUUUCAGAGAAACUGCUAUGUUUAUGAAUGGGUUAAGCCUUCCCCCUAAUCCUCUAGUGGCUGUCUCAUUGACGGCCACUAGAGGCGCUUGCGUGCUUCUCACUGUGAUUUUCACAGUGAGAGCACGCCAGCGUCCAUAGGAAAGCAUUAUGAAUGCUUUUCUAUGUGACCGGCUGAAUGCGCGUGCAGCUCUUGCCGCGCGUGCGCAUUCAGCCGACGGGGAGGAGAAGAGGAGGAUCGGAGGAGGAGAGCUCCCCGCCCAGCGCUGAAAAAAGGUAAGUUUUUACCCCUUUUCCCCUUUCCAGAGCCGGGUGGGAGGGGGACCCUGAGGGUGGGGGCACCCUCAGGGCACUAUAGUGCCAGGAAAACGAGUAUGUUUUCCUGGCACUAUAGUGGUCCUUUAAUGUAGUGGUUCUGGUGCAAAGAGACUGUCCCUGUAUUAAUGCAAACCCUGCCUUUUCUAAAAAAAGGCAGUGUUUACCGUAUGUUUGUUAUUCUAUUUAGUAUAAUUAUUUGUCAUAUCUAUAAGUAUUGACUACAUUCUAGAAUGUAAAAGCAAAUAUUAUUCGUGGCUUUUGUGUGGAUCAUGGGUUUUCUGGUUAUGAUCUUCGUUUUCCUGCCUGCCUAACCUUUUUACAUGCAUAUAAGCAAUUGAAGGUUAAAGCCUCCUUUUUAACUUAACAUUCUCUCAGCACACUAAUUGGCAUGUGACAUGAUCAAAGGAGGUUAUUAUGCUUCAAACAAGAUUUUGUUUACCCUUUUCAAAUGUAUAUCCAAGUAAGUCUGUGCAGAUGGUCCAACACUUCUUAAAGAGAUACUCAACUGCUCAAAUAUGUAAUAAAAAACACUAUUUAGUAGAUAUACACCAAUGAGAACAAACAUGCAUUUCAUUAUGAAUUCAUUCACGUGGGCAUUAAAAACAUCUUGCAAAAGCUGCAGAUUGUCAGGAUCGUGACAGGGAUCCAACACGCAGAAUACAAACAGGAGAUAGGUACGUAUACCGGACCUUAGAAUGGCCGGACUAACGUAAGUAGAAAGCAAAGAAUGGUCAGAGACAAGCCGAGGUCGAGGGAACGAGAGAGUAGGUAAGCGAGAGACAAGCCGAGUCAAAAGGACAAGAGAGGAAAGCAGGGUCAAAAAUACAAGCCGAGUCAGGAACCAAAAGACAAUAGAGGUAAGAGCACUGAGUGACCAGACUAGCUAGAACCACGACAGGGCAAUGAAUCAUUCCACAAAACCCUCUUUUAUACCUUGGCUCUUUAACUGUUGGCCCCGCCCCCAACAAGUCCUGAUUCGUUGUUCGGCACUUGGUUGCCGUGAUUGACGGGUCGGAACGUGAUUGCCGUCAUGACGUCGGCUACUGAGCGCCGCGUCAUAAAAGGAGGCGGAGCUAUCGCGGCCGGCGUGUAAACGACCGGGAGGAGUGCAAGGAUCGGGUGAGUCAGCCCCCCUGGGAGGAUGGACGUCUAGGUGUCUAACCUCCUCCGAGGUAGACACCAAAGGUACCCUGACAGUACCCCCCCUCUCAGAAACGCCCACCGGGCGGAAGGAACCGGGGCGGGACGGAAAACGAGCAUGAAAUGCCCGGAGGAGACGAGGGGCAUGCACAUUUUCAUGGACCACCCAAGACCUUUCUUCAGGCCCAUACCCCUUCCAGUCAACAAGAUAUUGCAACUUCCCCCGAGAAAUACGAGAAUCGAGAAUGGAUUUGAUUUCAUAUUCCUCCUGACCCUCAACCUGGACAGAGAGAGGGGAGGACUCAGCGGAGGAAAAUCUGUUACAAACCAAAGGCUUCAACAAAGAAACAUGAAAAGAGUUAGGGAUGCGCAGGGCAGGCGGAAGGGCAAGACGAUACGCAACCGGGUUAAUCCGACACAGAACCUUGUAAGGGCCUAUGUAACGAGGGGCAAAUUUCAUGGAAGGAACCUUCAAGCGGAUGUUUCUGGUACUCAACCACACCUUAUCACCCGGGGCAAAAACCGGAGCCACCCGUCUCCGUUUGUCAGCGUGUCGUUUGAACACCGUGGAAUUCUGAAGAAGAAUUCGUCGAGUCUGAUCCCACAACUUUCUCAGAUUGGCGACAUGAACAUCAACCGACGGUACCCCUUGGGAAGGGGAAACCGACGGAAGAAUGGAAGGAUGAAAGCCAUAAUUCAAAAAAAAGGGGCUAGAACGAGUAGAAUCACAAACGAGAUUGUUGUGCGCAAACUCUGCCCAAGGAAUCAGACCAACCCAAUCGUCCUGGUGUUCAGAAACAAAACAACGCAAAUAUUGUUCAAUCUUUUGGUUGGUGCGUUCGGCAGCUCCGUUGGACUGGGGAUGAUAGGCAGAUGAGAAAUUCAACUUGAUGCCUAAGUGAGAACAGAAAGACUUCCAAAAGCGGGAAACAAAUUGGGAACCUCUAUCAGAAACAAUUUCAGAGGGAAUACCAUGUAAACGAAAAAUCUCCCUCGCGAAUAUCUCAGCUAAUUCGGGAGACGAGGGCAGUUUAGGCAAGGGCACGAAAUGAGCCAUUUUAGUAAACCUGUCAAUCACCGUGAGAAUAACAGUAUGUUUUUUAGAAACAGGCAAAUCGACAAUGAAGUCCAUAGCCAAACAGGACCAUGGUCUCUCGGGAAUUUCUAAGGGGUGCAAAAGCCCACAUGGGAGCGCAUGAGGUUGCUUAGUCUUCAUACAGACAGCACAUGCCCCGACGAAAUCCCUUAUAUCCUUACGAAAAGAAGGCCACCAGAAAUCUUUAGAAAUCAGGGAACACGUUUUGCGUAUGCCGGGGUGCCCAGCAACUUUACUGUCAUGAAAGCAAUGCAGCAGUUCCACUUGGAGCUCAGGAGGAACGAAGUACCGAGCCCCAGGAACAGAUUUGGGAGCUAGAUGUUGUACUUUCUUGAUCUCAGCAAGCAACGGCGAGUGUAUCCUGACACACGUGUUGGCAAUAAUAUUACACUUGGGAACGAUAGAAGACAAAGCUGCUUCAGACACCGUAGAAGGUUCAUGUUGGUGGGACAAUGCAUCUGCCUUAGAGUUCUUAGAACCAGGUCUAUAAGUGAGCACGUAAUUGAAAUGUGUAAGGAACAAGGACCAACGAGCUUGCCUGGCGGACAAGCGCUUGGCCUCCCCUAUAUAGGACAAAUUCUUGUGAUCCGUCAAAAUAGUAACCGGGUAUAAAGUCCCUUCCAACAAAUGUCUCCAUUCCUUUAAAGCCAUAAUGACCGCUAACAGUUCCCUGUCACCAAUGUCAUAUCUACUUUCAGGCCCAGAUAAUUUCUUGGAAAAAAAACCACAUGGAUGUAACGGUUUAUCCAAACCUAGCCUUUGGGACAAGAUAGCGCCUAUACCUGUCUCCGAGGCGUCUACCUCGAGUAGAAAAGGCAAAGAGGUGUCAGGAUGAACUAAUAUCGGUGCUGAGGCAAAAUGUUCUUUGAGUGUUUUGAAAGCAGAGAGAGCCUCUGUAGACCAAGUCUUGGUAUCAGCACCCUGUCUAGUCAUAUUGGUAAUAGGAGCAAUAAUAGAAGAGUAACCUUUAAUGAAGCGCCUAUAAUAAUUGGAGAAUCCGAUAAACCUCUGAAUGGCCUUGAGUCCCCUGGGCAAUGGCCAAUCUAAAAUCGAUUGGAGUUUAAUGGGGUCCAUCCUAAAUCCGUCUCCAGAAAUAACGUAGCCAAGAAAGUUUAUCUGAGAUUGGUCGAAGCUACACUUUUCCAAUUUGCAGUACAAUCCAUGUUGUAACAGUUUGCGCAAUACCCUUCUGACUUGUCUGUGGUGAGUCUCAAUCUCUCUAGAGUGUAUUAGUAUAUCAUCCAAAUAUACUAUAACGCAUUCAUGCUGAAAUUCCCUAAGAACCUCAUUAAUUAGGUCCUGGAAUACUGCAGGUGCAUUGCAAAGCCCGAAGGGCAUUACCGUGUAUUCAUAGUGGCCAUAACGGGUAUUGAAAGCUGUUUUCCAUUCGUCUCCCUGCUGAAUUCUCACCAAGUUAUAAGCUCCCCUCAGAUCUAACUUGGUAAAAAUCUUGGAGCCUUUCAGUCGAUCAAAGAGCUCAGUAAUCAAAGGAAUAGGAUAAGCAUUUCUAAUAGUUAUCUUAUUCAAGCCCCGAUAAUCAAUGCAAGGCCGUAGAGUGCCGUCUUUUUUAUCCACAAAAAAGAAACCGGCCCCGGCCGGAGAAGAAGAUCUCCUAAUAAAUCCUUUGUCUAGGUUUUCACGUAUGUAUUCCUCUAGGACUAAGUUCUCCUUAGUGGAUAAAGGAUAUACCGUACCCCUCGGAGGCAUAGUACCAGGCAGGAGUCUAAUUUUACAGUCGAAGGACCUAUGUGGAGGUAAAGUAUCAGCCUUCUUUUUGUCAAAGACUGCCUUUAAAUCCAGGUACUGAGACGGUAUCUGUAAAUCUGUAGAUUGGGAAGAGUUAACCGGGGCGUCAACUAUGCAAACCGGUGAGACUUUCUGUAAACAUCCUCUCUGGCAACCCUGACCCCAGGAGACUAUCUCACCCAGUUCCCAGUCAAUAGUAGGGUUAUGCUUCUUAAGCCAGGGAUACCCCAAGACUAUUGGAACUGAAGGAGAUGAGAUCAGCAUGAGGGAUAUUCUUUCCUCGUGUAGGAUACCAAUGGUUAACUUAAUUGGUAUGGUUUCACGAAAAAUAACAGGUUCAGAUAAUGGUCUACCAUCUAUGGCCUCAACGGCCAAGGGUGUAUCCCUUAGCUGAGAUGGGAUAGAAUGGUUAGUGACAAAGGCUUGGUCAAUAAAGCUUUCAGCUGCUCCGGAAUCUAUCAAAGCCAUAGCAUUAAGUACUCCCUUUUCCCAAGCUAAAGAAACAGGUAUCAGAAGCCUAUGAUCUUUAUAAUCAUAUAUAGAGGACAAGAUAGAAACACCCAAGGCCUGUCCUCUUGAGAAACUUAGGUGCGAGCGUUUCCCGGCCGGUUAGGGCAAUUUAGGCGUAGGUGACCUCUUAUUCCGCAAUACAUACAAAGCCCCUCCCUUCUCCUGUACUGUCUUUCCUCUUCUGAGAGUCGAGUGUUACCUAUUUGCAUAGGUUCUGGGAGAGCUAAAGUAGUAGAAUCAGAACUCUGAAAUGAGGGAGCUAGUCUUAUGGAGGAUCUGCGGGUUCUAUCCCGAGUAUUCUGCCUCUGUCUCAUACGUUCAUCUAUUCGGGAAAUAAAUGAAAUCAAAUCCUCCAAAUUUUCAGGAAGUUCUCUUGUGGCAACCUCAUCUAGAAUCUCAUCAGAUAACCCGUUUAUAAAUACGUCCAUAUAAGCCUGUUCAUUCCACUUGACUUCUGCCGCCAAGGAUCUGAACUCUAACGCAUAAUCCACGAGGGUUCGGUUAUACUGUCUAAGACGUAACAGUAGUCUAGCUGCAUUGGCCUUUCUUCCUGGGGGGUCAAAAGUUCUCCUAAAUGCAGCGACAAAAGCAUUAUAAUUGUAAACUAACGGGUUAUCAUUUUCCCACAGGGGGUUAGCCCAUCUAAGUGCUUUGUCAAUGAGCAACGUGAUUAUAAAUCCAACCUUCGCCCUGUCAGUAGGGUAGGCGUGGGGUUGUAACUCAAAAUGAAUACCUAUCUGGUUUAAAAAGCCUCGACAAGUGUCAGGAGAGCCGCCAUAGCGUGAAGGGGAAGUAACACGGGAAGAAGCACCCACUGUGGCUACUUCUAGGCCUGUACUUACAGGGGAGAUAGAUGGGGUACGCAUCUCCUCUGAGUGAUUACUAGGACGAGAUAGCAACGCUUGCAGAGCUAGAGCCAUCUGGUCCAUUCUAUGAUCCAUGGCCUCAAAUCUAGAGUCAGGAGAACCGACCUGAGAGUUUGUACCUGCAGGAUCCAUUGGCCCUGUCGUAAUGUCAGGAUCGUGACAGGGAUCCAACACGCAGAAUACAAACAGGAGAUAGGUACGUAUACCGGACCUUAGAAUGGCCGGACUAACGUAAGGAGAAAGCAAAGAAUGGUCAGAGACAAGCCGAGGUCGAGGGAACGAGAGAGUAGGUAAGCGAGAGACAAGCCGAGUCAAAAGGACAAGAGAGGAAAGCAGGGUCAAAAAAUACAAGCCGAGUCAGGAACCAAAAGACAAUAGAGGUAAGAGCACUGAGUGACCAGACUAGCUAGAACCACGACAGGGCAAUGAAUCAUUCCACAAAACCCUCUUUUAUACCUUGGCUCUUUAACUGUUGGCCCCGCCCCCAACGAGUCCUGAUUCGUUGUUCGGCACUUGGUUGCCGUGAUUGACGGGUCGGAACGUGAUUGCCGUCAUGACGUCGGCUACUGAGCGCCGCGUCAUAAAAGGAGGCGGAGCUAUCGCGGCCGGCGUGUAAACGGCCGGGAGGACUGCGAGGAUCGGGUGAGUCAGCCCCCCUAGGAGGAUGGACGUCUAGGUGUCUAACCUCCUCCGAGGUAGACACCAGAGGUAACCUGACACAGAUCUCUUGUGGCUGUCCAAUCACAGACUUUCCAAUGCUGCUGAUCGACAAGUUUUUGCAAGGCAGGUGCUCAGGCUCUUUAGUUUUGCUCCACUAAUCUAAAAACAAACCAGGAAGUAACAGAACAGUUGUCUGAUUGGCGGGAGGGGGUGUUACAAUGUUUUUUAAACUGGCAAUUUGAUAUUGAAAUCUGCACUUUUUUUUGUAAAAUGUAAGACACUCUUCACACAUAAAGCACUUCAGCAUGCUAAAGUGCUUCAGGGGUUUGGAUUGUUCCUUUAAUUUUGCCAAGUUAAAAAAACCCAAACGUUUAAUUUGAUCAUUGUAUCUUGCAGACAUAAAAAAACUACAAUGUAUUGGAGUGUGGCUUCCUAAGCCAGUAAUGGUUUGCUUUCGGCAUGAUUGCAUAAGGUCAGUCAUUUAGAUUUUAGACUGAUACAGUUCAUUCAAACAGGCUCAUUGUAUUAUCGGCUUGCUGCUUUAUUUCCUGGUCCAGUCUGUCUGUCUAUACAUUAAUUGGUGAUUAGCUAGCCAUAGAUUACUCUCGUGUUUCAUUAUUAUUAUUAUUACCAUUUAUUUAGCACCAACAGAUACCGUAGUGCUUUACAAUAGAGAGGGGGGAUUUAACUAAAAAUCAGACAAUUACAAGAUAGGUUGAAGAGGACCCUGUUCAAACGAGCUUACAGUCUAUAGGAGGUCGGGUAUAAAACACAUUAGGACAGGAACGUUGUUAGUCAUCCUAAUGGGUUUUGAUUUUGUGCUACUGAAAAAGUGGGUUGGGUGAAAUCGUUCCCAAGCUCUUAUACAUUACUUGCCAAGCAUUGGUUUAUUGGGACCAAAUGGGGAAUUAUGUUGAUUUAAACCUUGAAUUUAUAACCAUUAUCCAUUAUUUGUGCCAGAAAAGUUAAUAUAGCUGAAUUGUAGUAGUUUUUUUUAUUAUUAUUUUUUUUUGUACUUAUUUAAUAAUAUCUGUUUAAUUUAAUUUGCUUGACUCUACUUCUACCUCUGUCACCUGGCAUCAAUCAUGCCACCUCUUCAUUUCUCUUCUCGGGUGCUCUGCUGAUAGAGAAGCAUUGGCUUGUCAGCCUUGUUAGAUUAAAUGUCCGCUGAUACUCCGCCUAUCACUGUCCUUGUAUUGUAAUUAAUAGUAUGUACUAUUAUUCAAAAUGGGAGGCCAGUGAUAGGCUGAGUCUUUAAGGUAAGAAAGAUGGCACUCCGGGGAAAUGAAGUUGGUUGAUGGGGCUGCAGUGUUAUUUGCCAGUAAACUUGCCUUUAUAACAAUCUCUUCUCCUAGGCCUUAUGGUGAAAUCAUAAAUUCUUACGACGAUUGUCCACUUAGAUGGUUUUCUUAAAGAAGCAAUGCGGACACAAGGAACAUGUACGGCAAUCGCUGUGAUCCACUAAUUCAAUGCUUCUUCAUGAGAUGUACUGUAUGCAAUGCUUCUCGUAGAGCAGUACCCGACACACGGAGCAUACGUUUUACAUAUUGACACCAGGGCUCAAAUAGGUUCAAUAAUGUAGUCUAUAUUGUAUUCUGAAACCCUUAGGGGUAGUCUGUUUGACAGCCUCUAGUGGAUGCAGAAACUGAUUUGCAAGGCUGCAGCAGCAGUAUCCGUGUCCAAAAUAAAUUCAUUAAGAUAUCACUUUAAUUUGAUAGAUGAAAUGUCUAGAGUAAAUCAAGAUGUUGAUUUAAUUAUUUGGUAAAACCGUAUAUUAAGGAAUUUCAAAUGCGUAAGUAGGUUCUGUGUGUGUGUGUCUGUGUGUGUGUAUAUAUAUAUAUAUAUAUAUAUAUAUAUAUAUAUAUAUAUAUAUAUAUAUAUAUAUAUAUAUAUAUAUAUAUAUAUAUAUAUAUAUAUAAAAAGUCUAAUUAUGCUCUUGACAGGGAGAGCUUUUUCACUCCUCUCUAUUGGCUGAAUGAUAGUGAUGUCCCGAACUGUUCGGCGAACAUAUGCGGUAAACUUUGACCCUGUACCUCACAGUCAGCAGACACAUUCCAGCCAAUCAGCAGCAGACCCUCCCUACCAGACCCUCCUCCUGGACAGCUCACUAAGAAUGCAGCUUCACAAUGAAUGUAAAAUGGAUGCUGUCCAGGAGAUGGGAGGGUCUGGGAGGGAGGGUCUGCUGCUGAUUGGCUGGAAUGUGUCUGCUGCCUGUGAGGUACAGGGUCAAAGUUUACUCAAUGAUGAGUCCGUGGCAAACAGUUCGGCGAACAGUUCGGGAAAUCACUACUGAAUGUGUGUGUGUGUGUGUGUGUGUGUGUGUAUAUAUGUAUAUAUAUAUAUAUAUAUAUGUAUGUAUGUAUGUAUGUAUGUGUGUGUAUAUAUAUAUAUAUAUAUAUAUAUAUAUAUAUAUAUAUAUAUAUAUAUAUAUAUAUAUAUAUAUAUAUAUAUAUAUAUAUAUAUAUAUAUAUAUAUAUAUAUAGCUUAAGCCAAAGAGGUAAGUUUGGUACUCCUAAAACCAUACAAUCUAUGGAUGGAUGACAUUGGACAGAAAAGGUGGGGGCCAGACACAGCCUAAAGGCUGACUGUGCAUCUUGGGAAAUAUAGUUAACUGUUAUCCAAGGUGCUAAGGCUAUCCGUCAUUGACGUAAGGGAUAACUCCAUUGCUUGAUAUUGCCUGGCUGAUGUUUAGUUCUGAAAAGUAACUAAGUGAUUAUUAAUAACAUAACCCUUAAUUAAUUUUAUUUAUUUUUCUUUUCUAGUUUUAUACUAAUUACUGUAUUAUAUCUAUAGAACAGACAUCAUUCAGUUUUAAACUGUAGUGAGACAGGGAUAGUAUGCAAGGAAACAACAGAUUGUAAAGAGAAGCUCCGUGAAAUGUCGUUAAGGAGAACAGAUGUAUCCAUUGGUUAGCUUCUAUUUGAAAAAUGCAGCCGUUCAUGGCUACCCCUUUUAUUUGAAACUUAUGCUGAUGACAACCUGUUGAUUAACCCCUGUUGAGUCACUUUCCUCAAGUCCCUUGCUAGACCGUUCAUUUUCUCUUCCGUCUGUGAAUUGCUGGCAAUGAACUUGUUAAAGAUUGUCCCCAUUAGACUCCCUUCAUAUGAAUAACUAAUGGAUCUGCAUCCUUUGUCUACACAGAUCUGACAUUCAGCUGGGGCGACAGGUCAAAGCAGUGGGUGGAGUGGAGUUAAAGUUUGGGCUCGUCAUUCAGCCAAUAGAGAGGAGUGAAAAAGCUCACCCUGUCAAGAGCACAAUUAGACUCUCUUUUUAAUUUCAGUUUUGCAGAGUGCAAAGGGGGCAACGCGGGAAGGCUUAUGAAUAAACAUCACCCACCACUCACACACAUUCAUACAUCAAAUUCAAGCACUUGUUAAAUCCACUCUUUGAGAGUUUUCUCCCAGUAAAGGCGAGGAAAUAAGAUAUUUUUCCGUCUGCAGUGACAGCUAUAGCAUUAAAAGACUGGGGGCCCACAGGGGCUACUGAUGAUGUAUGAUAUUAGCAUCUCAUUAAAUUCUAGGCAUUUUUGGAAUGGUUUUAAAAUCAUCCAAAUGUAAUUUAACGUAUAAUUAUUUUAUAAUCAAGUUCUCUGGAUAAUUGGAAUUAGUGUAAAAAUAAAUAUAUAUAUAUAUAUUUUCCUACCUAUAUAAUGCCUGUGGCUCUCCAUCUGUUAAUGAAAGUGGCUCUUAAACAACAGGAGACACAGGCUGGUCACCAAAUUCUAAACUUUAUCUUGUCUGCUUUCUCAGGUUCUCAUGUGUUCAUAAACUACAUAAAGAAAACUUGGAACUACUUUACUAAUGUACAGCAGUCAAGUGGACAAAGCUUGAUAAUGGGUGGGUAUGAAGAAAAUAAACUUUUCAUUCGAGACUUUUAGGGCCAUUCGUGACUAUUUAUGCUGUAUUAGUUCGGUAGAUAAAACUACCGAACACCGACCGCCCCCUGGCUCAUUAUCUACAAAGGAAACUGUCGAUUGAGCGCUCUCUCUGGGUGACCGCCGUUCGUAUAGCCGAAUGCCACGUGGAAGAGAGAACUGCGGCCAUCUUGUUUGCACGAAAGGAGGCAGCGGGACUUGGUCGUCGAGUCUCUGGAACUAAAUUCGGACACUCGACUUCCCGAACGCCUGCUUCCUUUUCACGAACAGCUAGGAGAGUGCCAUUUGGUAGUUUUCUGCCCACGAACAAGGGGAACAAUCGCUCCUAUGAGCCAGAGGGCUCCAUUCGUGUUUUCUUUCAUUUAUUUGACUUUUUCAAAAUAGACUGACCGCACAACCUAAACUCAUGGAACUGUUUUGGGCAGAAGCCUCGUGUGCGGUUGGUAAAAUGAGACUUCCAUACAAUUCGGAAACACCCGAACUGAUCUGGGUGAUUUUUGAAUAUGUUGGUUACCCAGAUCAGGGCUAUCAGGGAAUAUGUAAUUUUAUAGGGAUACCAUGUGUUUUAGGGUGCUUUCUAAGUUUUGGGGACAAUGUUUUUUCUGCCUGAAGAUAAUUGGGUUAUCCUUUAGUUGACUUAAUUAUUUCACAGUCAGAGAGGAGGGGAUUGUGUGUUUGCAAUGGGAGUGUUUUACUUUGUCACUGUAAAAUGAUUGGUUGUAAUCUUUGUGUCCUGGUACCCAACAAGGUCCAGGUGGGAGGUCCCCUUGCCUGGGGAUUUGCAUAAAAGCCAGUGUGGCAUCAAUAAACCUUCAUUCCUGUUGUACCCUUCAUGAAGUCUAGGCUCAUGUUUGGGUAACUAUCUUCUGGCUGGGGAGAAACUACUUAGAAGCUGCAUUCAUCCUGAACUAUUCAUAUCUACACCCGAACUGCAACUAUAAUCACUAAGGCUCAGCAGUUCGGGAGGAAUAGGCAAACAAGGUACUAUAACUACCAGCGUUCGUAACAGUGGGGCCUAAAGCAAGGUUCUGUUUCAGUUACCAAUCAGAUUUACCCACAAAUCCAUUGGUAAAAUCAAUCCUCUGGAAGGGAAAAACAGGAGAUAACAUGGGCAGAGGGCAACAAAAUGGCUGCACCUGGGUAUUGAGAUCCAGCACAAAGAAGAAAAAAUAAUAAUAUAACUAAAUCAAGUGGCGUGGAAGGAAGUGUAAUUAUUAAGAUACAGGGGGCAUACCAAAGUAAACCAAAUGAAAUAAGUAACAGGGCCACUUUAAGGAUGUUUUUGUGUCUUUUCUGCCCAGUUGUUUGCACUUUAGAAAUCCUUACCCUGUCUACCCAAGUGAGUCAAAAUUACAGAAUAUCACACAUUAAUAGGACAGUUCACUAAAACCUGAUUUGAUAACUACCUACAUCCCAACACUUCAAAUGGUCAAAUAGGGACACUUUAAUUUUAGAGGUGUGGGCAGGGGUGAAACUACUCUGAGAAAGUUUAGGCGACUUACUAAUAACAACUAAACUAUUAAGAACUAUAAUAGUAUGUCUUAUUUACACAGACUGAACUCUAAAGACUUGUAUUGUAGUUUAACCCCUUAAGGACCAAACGUCUGGAAUAAAAGGGAAUCAUGACAUGUCACACAUGUCAUGUGUCCUUAAGGGGUUAAAGGAACACUAUAGUGUUAGGAAUACAAGCUGUAUGCUCCCACAGCCCCCAGCUGUGUAGAAAAAGUUAAAACACUGUUUAUUCACUUACCCGAUUCCAACGCUGAGGUCCCCUCCUCCAACAACGUCUCAGUGACGGGAGAACCACAUAAGCGCUGCGCAUGCAUUAGGCAUUCCUCCAUAGGAAAGCCUUGAAUAAGUGCUUUCCUAUGAGGGUUUCAAGAUGCUGGGCAUCCUCAUACAAAGUGUGUGGAUGUCCAGCGUCAUUUCACGAAGUUAAACUAUGUGUGAAUCGAGAGUCUUAACCCUGCAAUGUAAACAUUAAAGUUUCUCUAAAACGUAAAGUGUUUUAUUUUGCAAGUUUAAGGGGACUGAGACACUGCACCCAGACCACUUAAUUGAAGUGGUCUGGGUGCCUUAAGUGUCCAUUUUUAAAGGCUCCUCACUGUGUGUAUUGUAUAUGUGGAGCUCUGUUCUAUACUUGGACAAAUCAGCCAUAGAAAAGCGGGGCAUUAGGACAGAAUAGCGGGUUUAUGGCCAAAAUUUAGGACUGUUCUUUCUAAAUAGGGACACUUGGGAGGUAUGUAAUUUAUACUCCUCAUAAGCUCUGGAAUUUUUUACUAGUGGGUACCAAUGUUAAGAUCCAAUCUCCCAUGAUACUUUGCCAGGGAUGAGUAUGGCCUAGAUGCCCAUGGGGUUCCUAGACACCUAGAGAACCCCAUAUAAAAAAAAAUGUGGGAAAGAUGCAGAUUUACCAAUAGAAUGAGCCUGCUGGGUCCGCUUGUUUCCAUGGUGACUGCCCCUCUCUCUCUCUCUUUUUUAUUUUAUUUUUUUUAAAGUACAUUAAACUACUUUACAGACCAAGACCUUUUUUUUUUUUUUUUUUCAUUUUACCCCUUGAAAUUCAGGCACUCCUCAAUGACAUUGAGCAUCCUCAUAAUUUUGAGGUACAGAACGUGAUUCAAUUUGUAAAAGUCAUCAUGUUCUUGGAGAAAGAAAUGGCUAUGUUUUACAUUGCCAGAGAAAAUUGAUGAGGUCUAUGCACCAAAGGCAAUACAUUUAAGAUGAAGUGGUUUUGGUACUCAGUAUUCUUUUUUUUUUUCUUUUUUUAUUGUGCUUUAAUUUCUUUAAAUAAAAUGUAUAUAUUUUUGCAUACAGUAUUCUACCUGCAAGAGGGCUUUGCGUUUAGUUCUGCUAUUGUGGAGGAUUAAUGUACUGAAGUAGAGACCCCUUCCCCAAGCUAACAAACUCAUCUAAGCUUUUUAUCUGAUUAUUUAGAUUUAGCCUUCCAUUGGGCUGUAAGAGAGAAUUAGAAGCAUGGGUGACUCUUUUCAUUAUGCAGCUGGAUUUUAACCCCUUAGUGAGACAGCCUUGUGUUACAUGAUUUGUAUGUCAGGACACAAGCAAUUUUCUCAUAUUAUUUAUAAAGCGCCAACAUAUUCUGUAGUGCUGUACAAUAGGAUAUGUUUUCAACUGUAAUUUACAUCUUUAUCAUUUAUUUGCACUCACACAUAUUAUUUACCUUUUUUUUUUUUCUUCCAAAGAUUGAGAAUACUUUUAAUUUGAUGCUUUAUUUAUUACAUAACUAAAGAGAAAAUGUAAGUAAAAAAAACCUUUUUUUUAAAAAUGUUUUUUACCCAUUCUAAGAGGUGGUCACCUAAUUAGGUAGUCCAGCACAAUAGUUCCUUUAGAUUUUGGUGUGCAAUUAAAAUACGUGACUAAAAGUGGCUUAAUACGUCUGUGUGUUUGUUAGACAAUAGAUUACAUAACUUUUUAAACAGUAUAGUAAUGGAAUCGAUAGUUCCCUCUUUCCCUUAUGUUUUCUACAUAUUCUCUGCCAGAUGUUUCAGAGCAGAGAGAGGUUCAGAUAGUUUCCAUGCAGAGCUUGGAUCAAGUUGUCAGUUUUUUCCGGCAUCUGCUUAAGCAGAUUUUUUUUUUUUUUUACCCCUCUGAUUAACCUUUUCACUGCUGAAACUGUUUGCAAAUUUGGAAUGGAAUCCUGUGGCAACCAAACACUGUUCUAUGCAUAAUACGUGGUUUCCACUUUACCAGUACCUUUGUACUGUUUGUGUUUAUAUGUUUUGCUUGUGUUAAAGUACUAUCUGUUCCAGGGACUCAUGGGAGCAAAUCUAAUGGGCUUGGUAGAUCUCACUGUACUGAGAGAUUCCUAGCCAGCUUCUGGGUUAUGACAUAGUGUGUGUGCUAAUGGGAAGUAUUUUGGUACUUUUUUUUUGUUUUGGUUUUUUGUUUUAGUUUACAGAACAACCAACUGAGAUCCCUGUUUAAGGUUUCUUCAGUACAUACAUCAGGAUCUACUUCCAUUAAAAUUGAUCUGUCGGAGUAUAGGUUCUUGAUCUGUGGUUUGAAUGCCCCAAGGGUUACUUUCAAAUACCUGAUUUUUAAUGGCUAAUGGGAUUUACUGGCAAUAUUACAGGUACAUGAUUAAGAAAAAUUGACACCAGCUGAUUUGGCUGGAAAAGUCUGAUGCCUUUUGACAAUGAUUGUUGUUUUCUUCAUUAUAAAAAAGUAGGGUUGGAGUUUUCCACAACAAAACAAAGCAAAGGUGACAUUGUAUCCUGAUCACCUCAUCUGUUGAUCCAGCCAUUGGAUUUCUCAUGUUGAGGGGACCCCAGGCCAGUUUUAAAGGGACAUUAUAGUCACCAAAUCACAUUUUACUUAAUAAAGAUGUUUUAGUGUAUAUAUCAUUCUCCUGCAGUCUCACUGCCCAAUCCUCUGCCAUUUAGGAGUUAAAUCACUUUGUUUCUGCAGCGUUAGAUACACCUCCCUGCAUGUGACUUAUACAGCCUUCCUAAACACUUCCUGUAAACCGCCAUCUAAUAUUUAUACUUCCUUUAUUGGAAAUGCUGUUUAAUUUAGAAUUUCUUAUCUCCUGCUCUGUAAUUAGCUAGCUAGACCCUUGCAGGAGCCUCUUGUAUGUAAUCGAAGUUUAAUAUACAGAGCAGUAGAUAAGUAACAUUUGAUUGAAAAUAAAAUAAAAAACACUUUGUUUUAAUGCUGCUUGUGUCAGCCAGGGAUGCAUAAAUAGAUCAAAAGUGACUUAACUCCUAAAUGGCAAUGAGAAUUGAGCAAUGUGACUGGAGAGACAAGAUAUAUACGCUAAAACUGCUUCAUUAAGCUAAAGUUGUUUUGAGGACUAUACCUUCCCUGUAACAAUGGCUGGUUAUUUUAUAACAAAUUGUUACAUUGUGGACCAUGGUCAUUGCCAUGAAGUAAUGAUUAUUCCUGUGUGACCUUAGCUUGCAUCUCUCUCUGUUCCAGAGUAUUUAUUUAUUUUAGGUUUCCUGUUCUUAGACUUUUCAUUGAUGAGGGGAACUAAAUAUCUACCAAAGGCUUGUUCAAGAAGGAACGUGGAUGACAUUACAUGUCUGUCUUGUUUACAGUGCUGUUAGACUGCAAAUUCAGGAGAGCAACGGCUUGUGCCAAAAAGCUUGUUUUAUCAGUCCCCUCCAACCAACCUGUUCUAACCAUAAUCCCUUCCUUCCUAAAUAGGUCUUGUCACAAUGAUUUGCAGUUUGUGGUAGUUCUUCCUGUUAUUCCGUGUUUGCUCAUUGUGGUAAUUGAUUAUGUUGGACUGUACAGCUGAUCAGUCGUUUUUAAUAGUUUGUAGUUCAGUAACAAAUCCCAGACUGCAAAUGACCCACAGCUAAUGUACUUGUUUUUUUGUUUCCAAUACACUGUUCAGUUAGUAAAGUAUUAAACUUAAUUUUUCCAGAUACUACCAACUUGCUGGUGUAUUUCCCGUCCUGCAUUCUGUGAUAGUUCUGAUGUUGAUCUGAAAAGAAGAUAAAGCAUCUCUGCCUCUAAUAUCCUGUAAUAGGCCCCCCAAAUUGUCAGAGGUGAUUGCAGUGGAGUACAUAUGUGUGUCUUGGGUCAUAGCAGUAUCUCUCUCCCCAGGGCUUCUGUAUAGUUACAGAGCUGUGUCUGGCUCUCAUGUUACAUGCUGGGGGAUAGCCCUACGGUUCUGUAUGUACACCAGAUGUUGGGCUGGGCUCAGCACAUAGGAAUGGUUGGAUUCCCAGCUGCUACCUUGUUCUCCUGUUUCAUGUCUGGGAUACAGGCCGGGGCCACGCAGUGCCGCCAGGGUGUGGAUCUUGUUAAUGGAGAUUCCUGCUGUGUUUCUAAACAUUACAAGUAUAUCCCACUACCAUAGCACCUUCCUAUGGAAAGCAUCCCCGAAAUGUCAAUAGCACCUUGUACAGAGCACUGUUCUAUAUCCUUAUUGUGACCUCUACUUUGAGAGAUAUGUAAAUGGCACAAAAGGCUGUGAUAAAACUUUUUUGUAAUUUGAAAAUGUUGGCAAUGGCCAUAAACAAAAGGGGUUUUGCAUGAAGUGCAAUUCUAGGUCAAAGUUUAAAAAUAUAUGUGCAAUCAGCAGGAACAUUCAUUUAGUUUUAAAUGUUCAAAGUGCAUCCAAGGAUUCUACUUCAUUAACAAUGUCUGUAGUAUUGUUGGCAAAUGGAGACGCUGCUGGUAGUUAAAGUCUGACUAAUUUAAAAAGUUGUGUUUUUUUUCUUUCUUUUUUUUCAGGGAGAUGUGA